CGACCGCACUGAACGCGUCACACGGCCGCUCGCGCUCACGCACCACCACGCACCGAUAUCGUUGUUAUUGAAACAUCGUCUUCGCGUCCGCCGAAAACCCGCGCGGAACGACCGGCCGACCGGAAUGCGCGCGACAGUCCGCCGGUCCACCGUGCGGCCACCGCCGUCGUAACCGGGUUACCGUCACCCGUUAGCCGCGGAAAUUUUCAGCACGUCCGUGCCGCCGCCGUACAACCUAACCGCCUAUCGUAACCCGGACCGUGUUCGCGGUCGCGUUCGGGUCUCGGCCGUUCAAGUGCCGGUCCAGGUGUUCGCGUCCCCGGAACCGCGGCCACGAUGGAGCCGCCUCGGACUACGACGGCCGGCCCCAGAUCAGCCGCCGCGUUCGUUUGCCUGUUGGCGUUGCUGUUCGCUUUCACGUCGGGUGAGUCGCGAACGCCGAACAGAAAAUAAUAGGAGCUGCACAAUAUUGAAAUCGUAGUAUUUUUGAAAACAAAAAACCCUACCGUAUAAUCGCGUUAUUAUUUCGAAAAUUACUUUUCGCAAAACGAUUUUUUGUUAGCAAACAAAAAAAAAAAAAACGUGAAAACAAAAAAAGUUUAAAAAGGUAUACGAUAUUAUCCGGGGCAUUUGAUUUGGGUCUCGAUCCACACUAGUUGGGUCCCGGGUUUAUGCGGGUAGACUACUAGUUGGGUACCGGGUUUAUGCGGGUCUAGUCGUCUAGUGUUAUUAUAACGAUUGUAAUGAUUUAGAAGUUUAGAAAAAUAAGACACAAUAUAUCAGUCUUAGUAUGUAUCAGUUCAUAGAAGUUUUAAAAAUUACCCGCAUAGAUACUGACAUUAAAAUUAAAAGUUCAAAAAGAAAAGAAGUGAUUGUAAUUCUUGAAAAGAUAAAUACGUCAAGGAUAAAACGGCAGAUACCAUUACUGGCGAAUUGGAACCCGAGUCCUAAGUCUGUAAUAAUAAGAAGAACAAUGUUUUGUAUUCCUUUUGAACGUUCGGACCCAACUAGUACAGUGCCCGAAAUUCGUUGGAUCCUAAUUAGUGUACUACCCAUCAAAACCGCUAGGGUUCGGGACCCAAGUCGUAUGCAGCUAAAUUGUCGUGGUUAAAAAAUCGUAGAAAAUAUAUGAGAUCGACCUUCGCCGAAUGAAAUAUUCGGACCCAAAAAAAGGAUAUAAUUUCAAUAGCUGGUAGAGUAUAAAAUCGAGAAUUCCAAAUGUUUAGAAUUCCGAUAGAUUCUGAAUUGUUAGGAUUUGUUACUAUAUUGUAGUGGUCUGCGUUGUUCGAUUUAUUGUGUUUCAGUGUUCUGAAAUAGGUAUUUAAUGUUUUACAUUUGCAUAUACCUUUAAUUCAAAAGCGGACCCGGACCCGAAGAGCCCCCAAUAUUGUAAAAUACAAGGCCUUUAGCGUAAAAAAUGAAUAGGCGUUGACCAAAUUAAUUUUACAUAUUUCAUUUCCUAAUUAAAUGACGCGUUCAAACUGUAUUUUGUCCGAUUUGUCAUCCGAAAUUGUCGAAACAAUUUUUGUCAACUUGUCUAAGACCCACAUGAACAGCGUCACACAAUUAAGCCAAUAAUAUAAUUGUGUUAAAAAAGUGAUUUUUCGUCCGUCUAUAAAAAAAUGUCAACAAUAAUAUUAUACAAGACUCCACUCAGGCUAGGCCCACUGCGCAUUUGCAUAGUAGUACAGUGGGCCAAACAGUAGCGAAUCUAAAUUUUGAUGGAAUCAAAACCGUUUGCAAUAAUAAAACAUUGAACAUUUUUAUGUAUAUUUUACCACAUAACAAGAAAAAACGUAUCACAUUACUGUACUGUUGACUCUUCCUGGAUCCACCACUGUAUCCCGGUCCGCUCCAGGUUUGAUUGUUGUGUAAUAUGUUUUAUAACAACUUGUAUACGUAUUGUUAAUUAUUUAAUCGGUAAUUUCAAUUAGGUUGAAGUGAUAGCUUUUGGGAUUUAAAAAAAACGUCAAAAUCUCGAAAAAGCGCUCGCACGACUUUUGUUUGUAUAUCCUUCGCCGAAAUCAUCAUGAAUAAGUUGACCACCGCUAAUGUUUUAUAGUUGUGGAACUUGUGCUCUCAAAGAAGAAACGAAUAAGCGGGUGAAAUGCAGUGUUUUCGGGGAAGCAUGGAAAAUACCGUGGACCAGGAGAUGAUUCGGGCACGACCGGCAUGCAUAACCCCACGAAAACAUAACGUGCAUUGCAAAAUAUACAUUUAUAAAAACCGAAGAGACUAUAGAGUUCGCUGGACAGUUUCGCUGGAGGUUUGACAUACGGCCAAUUACAGAUCGUAAUGAAAGGUAAGAUCGUGAGCCGUAAUCCUGGACGAAAACGUGUACUACACAAAUGGCUACAAAUAAUAUUCGAUAGCGGACUGAAACGUUUUGAUUUUUGUUCGGUGCAACGCGAUGUAAAACAAAAGACGGAGAUUUGUUCCGGUGGUUUGUUAUCGGGUUUCGGGUAGCACGAGAAGAAGAAGAACGAUGGUAUUACACUCGUAGGUACGAACAAAUGGUACGAAUCGUUUUUCGAUAUUCGGGGGUUUUUUUUUUUCGCCACUCGGGCCAAAAAGCCAAGGGGACUUCGACAUUUAAAUUUAACACGUUUCCCGUUUAAUUCAAAUCCGCCAUAAGAUACGUAACACACACAAACACGGAAUAAAAAGUGUUUUGUGUUUUCUUUUUCAUUUUUUUCCAACGCGCAUUUAAUAUUUGUUUAUAGUUUUUUACACCGAUUCCGUGUUGUUUUUAUGUUUAUUUACGUUUCGAGACCAUUAGUAUUAUGACGACAAAUUACAUAUCAGAUAUUACACACUUGAACAUCGCGUACAGCAUAUUGCAUAGUGGUAAAUGUCUAGUGUAAAAUUUCCACACCGCGAACACUAUGAAACUAUUGGCCACAAUAUCAUAGUCGACGCCCAGACACCUUCACUUUUCCCAUUAUUACUUUCAGACGUUGACGGUUUCUCGCUUUUGGCGAAGGUUAAGGGCUCUCCGGUCCGCAGCGCGUGGAGAGGGCGUUGUACGGUAAGGUCGUUGUACAAGAAGACCGGCUCGAGUGUGAGAAUAUCAGCUGCUAGACCAGACGUGUGGGAUAACAUGUUCGUAUACGCUACCGCACCUACUUCAAUUAUUAUUGCAAUACGCGCCUUCCUAAUAUUAUUUUAUUUCGCGUUAUUAUCAAAAAAUAUAUAUAUAUAUUUUUUUUUAUUUUUUUUUCAACGAAUAACUAUUCCGAGUUACAUAUUAUAAUCACUGGCGCAGCGAGACUUUAUUUGCGAUCUCCGGCGGAUGGGGGGGGGGGCGGCUGAGUUGUUAAUUUCAAAUGAAUUUCUGGGCUAGCUAUCGGGAUGAUAAACUAAUAAAUCGCCGAAAUGCACGACGUACUCUGCGUAUGCGAAAUUAAUUUUUGGUGGGCCGGGAAGGGGUUGUAACUUCCGACUUUCACCGCUCGCGCAACUGUCAGUGUUGUCGUAUGCAGCCGAAUAUUAAAACGUCUAGUAAAGUGAUAAUUGUUAGAACAAUAUUGUCUAGACGAAUGUAAUAGAUACGUACAUAAAAUCGCAUUAUCUAUACGGAUAAUCAUCGACAACGUUUUAUCUAGACAAAAGAAAGACAAUUUUAUUCACGACUCUAUCGCAAAAUGUACUAAGUAAAAGUAUACCUGAUUUGGUUCACGUUUCGAUACCAAAAAGGUCGUGUGGUCGAUGCAACUCGAUCGUUUAUUUGAUCAUAUUGAUAUUUAUUAAUUAUUGUUAAUAUGUACAUAAAUAAAUGACGGGUUUAAAAGACUAAUCUUGACGAACAAUUAUCUGGACGAUUCGAUUAUUUAUCUCAGAUAAUUUAUUUUUCAUUUAUCUAGGUAAGAUACGAGAUACAAUUACGACUAUCUAGAUUAUUAGUCUAGAUUGGCUUAUCUGUAUAGAUGAAAUCAUAACACUGGCCACUGUGUAAUAAUAUUUCCCGAGAGAAACGCACCAUUAAACCUCCGCCACAUUAUUUUAAUGUGAUGGUAAUUUAUUCAAAUAAAUUAUAAAUGGUUUUCGGCGAUUAAAUAAUUUCUAUGGGAAUAUUUUGUUAUUGUGCAGUAGUUGUUAAUUCGUUUGUUAUUAGAUAAAUAUAUUCCACUCUAGCCGAGCACUGCGAGUUGUAUUGAUAACGUAUUCAAGAGAAAAAAAAAUCUAAUUAUAAAUAUUAUAAUAUACAAAUACAAAUUUAAUCUAUUUACAAAAUGUUGUAAAUUUCGCGAAAACUCGCCGAGAAAAUCAGCAGUCGUUCGUAAUAUUGUAAUAAUUUCAAAAAUGAAAAAAAGAAAAAAGAAUAAUAAUAUUUAAAUAAUUUCGGUCAUUAAAAACACGUUGAUACAGUUAAUUAAAUUGUAAUUUUUUUUUUCACGCCCGUUACUCUUUAAUAACUAUCGUAAAUAAAAUAAUUUUUUUUCGAUCGUUUAAUUGAAAAAAAAACCUCGAUUAUAUAAUCGUACAAAAAUUUACGCGCGAAUUAUCAAGAUUAAUAAUAACGCUUGCAUAGGCUUUUUUUUUGGUACUUACAAUACGAACUUAUCGUACGUGUAACAAAUGUAUUUUUUAGUCGAUUAUUUCGAAACCUUUUCUGAAAUGAAACAAAAUAUAAUAUAAACGCAGACGCGCCCAAUCAUCGUGGACGGAAUUCUUAGAAUUUUAAUGCGCACCUACUAAAAUCCUAAAUAAAUCGAAAACUUCGGGGGAAAAGAAGAAAAAAAUCGAAAUACAUAUUUUAUCGUUCAGAACGUACCGAAUUUUACCGUGCACGGGUAGGUAAAAUCUACUUCGCUAGUAUUUCCAUAACUCACAAUCUUUAUUGGGGGGCUUUGUGGAAACCUUUGUAGAGGGUUCGUCGUUUUACCCCGAAAAAGUAUGUAUAUAUAUAUAUAUAUUUAUGCGCGACGGUAUUCGCAAAACACAACUACACGAGCGACAAACAAAACCUCGUGCGAAAUCAAUAUAUAGUUGCGUUCUAUAGCUUUGGCUUAUUAAGUAGAUAUACUUACGAAAUCAUUUUUGAAAACAAAAUAAUAAUAAUUCUGUUAAAUACUAAUUUCGUAAAUGGCUGCAAUAGCUGAGAAAACCAAAGCCGGGCAGUUAAUCACUUUUUUUUUUAUUAUUAUACUUCAAGUAGAGUGUCAUACCUAAAAAAAAAAAAAAUAUGUUAAUUUUAAAAUAUAGCAAUUUCAGUAGAUGAGUAAAGUUACAAAUAAUGUUUAAGAACAUAAUAAACCUAAAUCAAUUGUUAAAAUUUUUUUUUUCAUCAAACUACUCAUAAUUAUUAACACUCUUAAACGUACUUUGUAAUCUUACAUUACUAUUUAUAAGUCUUGUAUGGAUCCACUAUACAAGAAUCGUGUGGAUACUCCAUAAGCCGCAUGCCCGUCGUAUAUGAUAUUAACGUAUUAUAAUGCGUAGGUCAUUUUUGUCAAAAUAUAAAUGCAAAAAAUACAGGUAGGUAUCACACUAUCUGUAUACGAAAAAUUCGUAAAUGACGUUUUCGAAAUAGUUCAAAUUUCGAAAAAAUAUCUAAGUUAGGUUAAGAGUUAUCAAAGAACGAAUGUAAUUUAUAACUUAACUUUUAAACAUUUGAAAAUAUGUAUGAACCAUUAAUUGCAAAAAAAGUCCACCUUUUGACGAAACUUAGUUAUCACGCGAUUUUUAUUGUUCUACGUUACAUAUUACGUUGUGUAAGAACGGGUCUAUAUAACCGUAAUGGAAAAAUUAGCAGCCAAUGUUAGCGUUCGGUGCAGAAAUAUAAUGAGCCACAGUUCAGGACAUGUGCCAGUAUUUCGCCUACUGAAGAAUUUAAUUUUAUCGUUUUAUGGACAUAUAUCGUCUUUCUAAAAUUAGCGAUAGUUUCAGCUUAGCUUUAGAAAAGAAAAAAAGAAAUCAAAAUCGUAUUUUGGAAUCGUAAACGGAAAAUUAUCUUUGGUCUUUAUUCGGUUCAGUUCAGGACAGUUUUCACCGUAACUCUAAACAGUAUGUAAUUUUCUUGAAAAUUCCGCUCGCGCUGCAUAUUAUAACAUUAAACUGCAAACAACACGUCGUAAAAAAUAUGUUUUUGUUUUUCAUCUGUAGGUAGAUACUAUUGUAAAUAUUUCGAAACUUUAAUUUUCUUAAUUAUAGCUACAGCUGUACAGUAUACAUUUUGAAUUUAGAGUGCAAUAUACUUAUUAAAACUCCAAUGAACAGCUGAUACAACAAAAGUAGCUCAAAAGUUUCACGUAGGUAGGUACCUAGCAUAAUAUUAUUGUCUCUAAUUGCAGUUUUUACAGAUUAAAAAUAUACAAAGAAUUCUAAGCACCUCUACCUGCUUCAUACGUAUAUGGAAAGGGUCACUAUUAUUAUCACUAUUAUCGAUAUAUGUUCCCCGAAUUAUAACACAAAAUUUUAUAAACGUUAUACUGCUCACGAGUAGGUCACUGUUGUAGUUUAGUAGAAUAUACAGGGAAAAUAGAGUUGUUCACUGUACUCAACGAUAGAUCAUUACGAACGAAAUUAAAAAUUAUAAGCAGAUGAUAGUAUUUUUUUUCUUUGAAUAAUGUUAUACUGAUACUCAUAUUAACUGUUACUGUGAAAAAUUUAAUUUAAACUAUUUCCAUUAGUAAAGUUAUUAGUAUUAUUACCGAGUCCAAAUUAAGAUAUUUAGAGGACCCAAAGCAAAACUUUUCAAUGAAGCCCUCAAAAAUAAUAAUGGAAAACAAUUACUAAAAGUUAUUACCUAUUCAAUAUGGUUUAUAAAAAUAAAAACAAUACAUAAAACAGAGGAAAAAUUUCCACUAAAGGCCAUCGAUGAAAAUACAUUAAAGGCAAUAGAAUUAAAAAAAAUACAAGUUCUUGGUAAAUUACAUAGAUGAUACAAUGAUACAUACUGUGGAAACACCUAAAGACGCUUAGAGUCUUAUGGUCUUCGGGUGAUGAUAACCUUGGACUUUCUUAAACCUGGGUAAUAUUUUUACAAAAAUGUAUAAAAAAUGUUUUUCGUUUUUGGCAAACUUGGCAUUCCUUUUGGGGAAUUACAGAAGAUUUUUCUUUCAAAUUUUGAUGAUUUCCUAAUGGUACAAAUAAUGAUUAUUAUUAUGAUCAAAUUUUAAAAAGUUUUUAUUGUCAUUUACCAUCCCAAAAAUUUCCUGACAAUCCUGCCAGGAAUUUGUUUUUAAUCCUCAUCGUUUCCUCUACAUUCUUGAAACCAACAUUCACAGAUCACAGCUGCAGUUUUUCGGUUACAAUUUUUAAGUAUAAAUAAUGUGAACGUUGCACUCAUCUAUCAACAAAACGGAAGGAAAUAUCCUCAAUAACCAAAUUUCCUACCAAAAAAACUAUUCUUUUAGAUUUAUUAAAAAAUCGAAAAAUAUGAAAAAAAAAAAAAAAUGUUUAUGAAAUCAAAACAUAGAAGGUUAUAGAUAAUUUACAAAAACAUGUGAUGAUGUGCUCAGGAGAAGUCACAGAAGUCUCUGGUACCAAUCCUACUGCUUUUGGCAGAACAGUCUUAAAUAUUUAAUUAAAUAUGAAUAACAUUUUAUUCUAGAUAAUAUUAAAAUCUAAACUAGUAUCAAUCGGAUCUAAAUUAACUUCAUAUAAAGAAAUGACACUUCCGAUAACGCUAUAUGCGUGUAAAACUCUGUCCCUUAAAAAAAAAAAUAAAAAAACAAACGAGUAGAACCUAGCGGGAUUUGAGAGAAAGAUGUUACAGCAAAUGUUUGGCCCCAGAAGAAACAAAAACGUUGUAGAUUACGAGCAAAGAAAUAACAAAGAGGUAAUAAUUUUGUUAGAAGUUUCAGACAUAAUAGCUACGAUGAAAAAUAAAAGGUUAAGCUGGGCAAGGCAUGUAUGGUGAGGUCAGAGACAGACAAUCGGCCAAGUUACCAGGUAGAGUCCGGAAGACCAAAAGACCGCUCGACCGUCCAAGACAAAGAUAGAUAAACUAGCUACAAAUAAAGAUAGAUGGAGAGAAAUAGUGGUGGCGAUUAAGGACCUGAACGGUGGAUAAAAAGCAAAGAAUCUAUUGAUUACGCAAAAUUAGAAAAUGAAAAAAACAUUUUUAAAUAAGAGUUGUUGUAUGCUAUAAGUACCAUAAAUAUGAAUAUAAGACGAAAUUUCAGGAAAUAUUUAUAAUUUUAUCCGAAAAUUUCAAGCAACAGUCGGCCAAAAAUCCGUUAAAAAUAAUUAAGGUGCAGAAUUUAAAAAAAAAAUGCUGCUGAGUUAAAAAUAAAAUACCAAGAUAUCACAGGCGAAUAUAAAACCUACAAGCCUGCAUUCACUACAUACUGUGAAUUCCGAUUUCGUUAUUUAGUAUUAUUAAAUUCUAUUUCAUUUAAGAAUUUCAGUUAGACCCGCGGAUAAAAUGUAUACAACUAAAAUUAAGGUCAAACCAUUAACUAUAGGGAUAUAGGAAUAUCUAAGCUAUUUCAUAGCUUUAAAUUAUUCCGAAAUAGCGGUAAGUAUACACAUGUUUAAACAAAAUUGAAUUUUUUUUUAAAUUCCUUGUCAAACUCAUCAAUUGCUUAUCAUAAAUAUUGUAUAAACAGUAAACACUAAUCAAUAAACAUCAUCAAGUCACCAUAUUUUACUUAAUAAUUUUAAUACAUUAUACUUUCGAUUUGAAUACAAAUUUUAAUGAUUGAUGAGAACAAUUAGCUAUAUGCUGAUGAUUGCCUAUUGCAAAUUGAAUCAAUUAUAAUUUGUACGCAUUUUAAUUAUUUAACCAAUUCAAGUGGGCCUGCUAACUUUGCAGCGCCUUGGCUGCCACCCCAUUUUACCAAUCUAUAGCUACUGCACGGCUAUGACUUCCAAGCCUUCAAGGGAGCAGUAAUGCCGUGGCAUGGACGUAGCGGAUUUUUCAUUUUUGGCGAUAACAUAUUGUUGCUGCAGACCGCUGUUCAAUUCCCUGGCCAUUUUUCUAAUAACUGCAAAACAAUAAUAUCCACAAUUUUUUACUCUUCGGAACAUUAAAUUUAUCUAGAUUUUAUUCCACGUUUAUCGUAUUAUUUUUGUACGAAAGAGAUUUCGGUUUUGAUUAUUAUCGCUUGUAUUUAACCGGGGUGGUAGUUUAUUCACGGUUUUUUUUUUUUUACCGUUACGUUUUAUUGUAUUAUACUAUCGUUAUUAUUACGUGGGCCAUUACUCAUAUUAUUAUAGUGUUGUUAUCUCGACGUGGGCGCUACUUUAGUUGAAUUUCCGUACUAUAUUCGACGCAUAUAAUAUAAAGUGUUAUUUACACGAAAACGUUAAAUUUUAUAGUGUAUUUGCACUAUAUCUAGUCGAAACAAUUGAAAACAGACCGUCUAUUAUAUUAUAGUAUUGUUAAUUGCAUAAUAUCGUUUCAUUCGCGUACAUUCCUCAAACGAAUAACCCCUAUAUGGGGCGUAUACUGUACAUGUAACCCUAUAUUUUCAUCCCUAUACAGGGUUACUUAUGGAUAUUUUGUUUUUCAAUUAUUGUAUUUGAAUUAUACGAAAUCGUUGUUAUACUGUACACAUAACCCUAUAUUUUCAUCCCUAUACAGGGUUACUUAUGGAUAUUUUGUUUUUCAAUUAUUGUAUUUGCAUUAUACAAAAUCGUUGUUAUACUGUACACAUAACCCAAUAUUUUCAACUCUAUAUAGGGUUACUUAUGGAUACUUUGUUUUUCAUUUAUUGUAUUUGCAUUAUACACAAUCGUUUAACGAUCGCGAUUUACACCGUUUUCAAAAUCACAUUGUUUUUCCCUACAUCACAAUCACGGCGCAUGAACUUUUGAUUUUAAAAGAUUAACCGGGUCGAACCGAACACAGAAUAUUCUUCUGAAAAAAAAAAAAUACCCCGGUAAUACAAUAUUAAAAAAUAUAAGGAAGUUUAAUAAUAAUUAUAAUAGGGAAAAAUAAAGUCAAGAAACGAGAGCCAUCCAAUUAGAUAUUAUUAUUGCCAGGAUUUGUCCGGAUAUAAUUACGACAAAAGUUUAUCACGCGUUAUAUCGCGUACCUUCCUACUAGUAGGUUAGGUUAAAUAACCUAACCAAACCUAUAUACCACGAAAAAUUACACAUAAUAAUAUAGUAUUGCAAUAUUAAUGAAAUUUGAAAUAUUGCGGGUGAUUUGUUUACCAUGGACCAGCGGUUGUCUAUAUAAUCGGAGAUUCUGAAUAGGGGUAAAUCGUGUACAAGUUUUUUUGUUUUUCCAAUCGUCCUAAAUGGUGUGUACAAAAAUUUACUAUUCGUCAUGGUUCAAUAGCGUACCAGUAAAAAAAAAAAAAACAACACCUUAAUCGACUAUUGUAGACAAAUUUACUAUUUCAGCUUUUUCUAUUUUUCAACUAAUUCUAUAACGUUCGUUAUAAAAGUCAAAAUCUAUUGUGUUUAGAUGUCCGCUGGUUUGCGAGAAAAACAUAAUAUUAUCCACAUUGUAUUGUAUACGAUUGACAUAAUUCCACUUAGAGAAAAAUAAUAAAACCGAACGUUAUUUUUAUGGAAUUUAAAAAAAAAAAACGCCAAUCGAUUUAUUAUGCGCAUAAAAUUAGUGUAAAUAUCAUAUUGUAUAAACGACGCUUUUACAUUUAUAUAUAUAUAUAGGUAUUCUGAGUACACACUUGAACGAGUUGUAUAUGCAUUAUAGUUUUGUUCGACGCGCGCACUGUGUGUGGGCUUGGGGGUGUGUGCGUGCGUGCGUGUGUGUGUGUGUGAAAUGCUGACGAUCCCCUCGGAACGGCGGCUGCGGUAGCGUAACCUGCAGAAUCUCCUUCAAGUAGGUCGUGUCGCCAUAAAAAUGUAUAUAAGUGUAAUAAUGCCGAUACGCAUUGAAUACCUAAUAUUAUACAUUAUAUAUUUAUACCGUAUAGAUGAAACGAAAUCGAUAAUAUUAUUACGGUUUAUUUUAUUGGCGUAAAGUAAAAAAAACGAUGCGUCCGCGUAUUGGAUACAAUACACGAUAAUCGGUGUGUAUGCGGGAUAAUAAUGUCGAGUUCGUAUUUCGGCUGCCGCGUCGCGUCCAAUAACGAAAAUAACGAAUUACGGACGGCGGACACGGGCGGCCCCCGGAAACGUUUUUCGGGGACAAAGGGACUGAUCAGAACACGGGUGCGUUAAGUGAGCGCGACGAGACCCUCACGUGUCGUCGCCGUCCUAAGCGCUUCGCGGCACAGGCCGAAACUAAAUAUACACCCCGCGAUUAAUGCGCAGGGAAUAUUUUCGAGAAAAAAACUUUUGACUUUCGCCAAAUAUACACAUACAGCUCUGCGUGUUAGUAAAUGAUUUCGGUACCACAACAUUACUAAAAUUGUAUUUGCGUAUAAAGUCGUUUAAGUCCAAACGGUGGUCAGGUUGCACUGACCGCCAUGCGUAUAACAAAUCAACAACUUCUUUUUUCGAACGACUCGUACCUUUAUUAGGUAGAAAAAGAAAAAAAAAAUGAUUUCUAAUAUAUUAACUAAACUGAAAAUAUUUUUUACUGGAAUUUUUUUUGCGAAUAACAACUUGUUUUAGUACAGAUCAAUAACCAACUAUAUGAAUAUGUAAAUUCAUAUUUAAAACACGUUAAUACCAACAACUAAUACUAGAACACAAAACAGCACCAUUAGCGUAACAUGAAAUUAAAUAAUUACCAUACAAUACCAUAUACGUUAUUUAUCAUAAAAAAUUUAGAGUAAUUUUUGGUAAAAAGCAAAAAAUAAUUGUUCAAUACUUGUCAGUCCUUAUCGAAAACAAUGGGUAUUGUAUAUAAAUAUACAAUGACGCAUUACGUAAAUAGUUUGGUAAAUAUAACUAUUUAUAAACCAAUAGUUUGGUUUGUUAACUGACCAAUUCAGGCGGUACCAACCGCCAGCCACUAUGUGUAGAGCAGAAAAUAUUUUUACGAAGUGGUUCACAGCCAUGACCACCAUGCAAAAAAACAAGACAAUAAAGCGCUCACUACUAUUAAACGCCAUGCCUCGUGUACCUCCCACGACAUGUCAAAUUCGCGUUCACCAGGGACAACGUUUUGCUGUCGGGAUUAUGAAUUGGCCUGUUACCGAACUCAAAGACCUGAUACAGAUUUCGAUAUUCACAUUUUUUUUAAGGUGGUUCUAGUCUCGGUGUUAAAUAUUAUAAUAGUUCGCAUACUCAUUUUUCUCUCUCUUUAAAAAUUAAAAUACCGAGAGAAAAAAUAGCGCCGAUGUUGCAAAGGUAAAUAUCGUUAUCGUUUAGUUUGACGUUUGACGAUAAGUCAAUUCGCUCUAUAAUAUCAAAGUCAACACAGCACAAAGAUAUCCCCGCUAAAUGCAAUUUCGCAUCGUCGUACGUUUGUAAAACGGAGAUGGCACAUGCGGGUAUCGCGUCCUCUUAAGGAACACCCGAUAGGUUACAGUGGUAUAGACCAACUUUAAGGUGGAAAAAUACCCACGGGUAUUAGAUAAAAAAAAAAAAAAAAAAAAAGAUAAUUUAGAUUCAUUACCUAGCGUCAUAAAACUAAGUGCUAAAAGUAGUAAAUGUGCACAGUGGAUUUUUUACUCGUAUUGGGAAAAUGGAAAAAAAUAUUAAUCGCUUUAAAGUAUCAGCGUCCGCGGUUGUUAUUCAUUUUUACUGAUUCGUGAUUUUUUCCAGUACGCGUAUAAUGUCUUUAAAGUGGAGUGUUAUAUUAUUAUGAAUAAAUCUAUUGGACAGAAAUGCAUUAUAGUGUACAGAGUGAUUUUUCUCUUAUGAUCCAGCGAUUUUUCGGAGUUUUUGAAGUGAAUUUUAUUUCCGAUUUUCCAUAUUUUUUUUUUAUCGUUAUGAAAAUAUUAUUUAGCUUUAUUUCAUCACUAUUUUCAACGUAAAACGUUUAAAUACUUAUUAUAUCAGCUCCAUCGUUUAUGUGUAAUAAUUUAGAUCGAAGGACCAAGGGGGGGGGGGUAAUACAUUUUGUGUUAAUUUUAGAUUCUGGACGGAACGAGGAAUAUAUUGGUUUCAAUAUGAUAUGCAUUUUUUAAUUCGUCUGUCUGCGAGUACGUUUUCUACGAGAAAUUUUAUUCCGAUCAAAAAAAUGAAGACCCUUUUUUUUGUUGCCUUUCGGGUCUUAAUGGUGUAUAAUCAUUGGAAAAAACAAAUGGAUGCAAUUUUCACUGUGAAUAUUUUUAAUAUUCUAUCCAAAUAGACACUUUGUAUUAAUUUAAUGUGUAUUAAGUGUAACUAUUAUAUACAUUCGAGUCAUCAACAGUUAUGAAAAUUGCAUUAUUCAUCAGGUAUAACAUACGACUUAAAAAUGUAUAUUUCGUUGUAUGACGACAUAAUUCAUUAUGUAUGGACCUUCCUCUUCCCCUUUGAUAAAUUCUGAUUGCACCACUGGCACACCCAUUAGUAGUAUCAGCUUUUUUUUUAUAGACGACAAUCCUUGCCUCUAGUUGCCUACAUUUUCGGUCUACAUUUUUUAUCUGUUUUAACUCACAAACAGUAAAUACGAUAUUACCGAAAUAUUGGGAAAAUAUUUUCUUUUCGAAUCUGAUUAGAAACUGAGGGAUGCCGGAAGAGUUGAUUUUUGAAAAUCAAAAGUCCACGCUGAACCGAAUAAUACUAGAACGUUGUGGUAAUAUUAUCGUAAACAACAAUGGCUGGUUUGGUAACACAUCAAGGGGUGGGGGCGAUUUAAAAUUUGUUGGGCCCUAUACCAUAAUGACAUCUAUAAAAUAAAGGAUACAAUUUGUUUAUAGUCCUAUCAUAAAUUAUAUAUAUAACUUUCAUUUUAGAAUCUGAGUGGAGCAAAGUAACUUAUGGUUUUAUAACUGUUUUAUCUGUGGACAACUUUUCUACCGGGGACCUUGCUCCGAUGUAUACGAUGAAACAACCAUUCCGAAAGGAAAUCUUGUUAAGGAGGUACUUUAGGCAGCUCAUUUUCGAUUUUCUCCGGAGUUUUCCUAGCAAAUGUGAAACACCGGGAAAAUUCAUAAGAAAAUCGGUACAAUAUUAGAUAAAUAUCAUUAAUGAAAAUAUAAAAUGCAUAUUUAAAGGACCGUGAAAGAAAUAAAUUUUAAUUGUUUUCAUAUUUAAAACACCUGAUAAUCCAUGUAAAAAAAAAAAAUAAUGGUCCAAACUAAAAAUGUUUACGACUUUUCUUUGGCGGUAUGUAGGCAUUUGAAGUUGACGUGUGACGUCAUAGAAUCUGUUCACGUAGCGUUUGUGGAUGUAAAUAUUACGUCUUCGAUUUUAUUUACCCAUUAUAUUAUGAGCGUGAUAUUUAAUAUAUCGGGUUGGGUCUUGGAAAUACUUUUAAAGUUCGUAAUUUUCUAUUUGAUUUAAUGUUAUAAUAAUAUAUCUUAUGAUAUUAAAUAUUGCACUAUAACAAUAACAGUAAUUAUAGUUGCACAGUCACAAUAUGAUACUGUUCAACAGUCCAUACCAGGGGUGGUCAAACUGCGUCGUAGACUUAUACGGCUCGCAUCGUAUCCAUGUGUAUUUAUGAUAAUAUUUAUAAAGACAAAAUUAGGAUAAAAUUUAAUCUGACAUUAUUAUAUAUUUUAUUAUAUUUGAUAUCUUAUCUUAUUUAUUAUUAAUAUUAUAUUAAUGCGACCUUUUUUUCCAUUUUGUCGCUUCCAUAUUUAUUAUUAUAUUGGGCGGCUCGCGAGUCUCUCGUCGUUGGCCAUCCCAGGUCUAUACUCCAUUAUUGCAAUCGUUAAUAUUCCCAGCUCCCACUACCGUACCAAUGUUAUAAAUAUUAUUUUUCGAUAUUAUACACAAUCAUGAUAAUUCAGUCAUUCAGAUUAUUUAUUAUUUUAUAAAUCAGUGAUCGACUAUGAUAUGAAAAGUCGUCGCGACGUGUUUGAUAAAGUAGUUUCGUUUUUCAAAAAGGUUUUCGUUUUCGUUUUUAUUUUAUUGUUGUAUAAAUUUGUUAUAUGUUUUAUAAAAAAUUAUAAAAGUGUAACAAUAUGUAGUAAAAUUAAACGAAAAUUAAAAAUAUGACUCUGUGUUGUGUUUAUGGUUGCUCGUCAUAUUCUGGCAAAAAUGUACAAUUUUUCUCUUUCCCAAGAAAAGAUAAACAUCCUGGUACACUUAAAAAAUGGGUUAUUCUUUAUUAAAAGAAAGAAUUUUGAACCUUCAUGGUGGUACCAGAAUAUGUCCUAAACAUUUUAGAACUGAAGAUACAAAUGGACUGGAGCCGUUCUGGAGCCACGGCGUGAUUAGAUUCUGUGACGUCACGCGCUAACUUUAAACGACUAUAACUCGCUAACGAAAAGUCGUGAACAAGUUUAGUUUAGAAUUCUGUUUUCUUUAGUUAAAAAUGUUUGUUUUCCUUUCACGGUCUUUUAAUUAUUUUACCAUAAUAUAACAUAUCAUAUAUUGUUGACAAAGCACCACAAUCAACUGAACUCCGUUCGUUUUUUCGUUAGCAAUGGUUUAUCGUCACUAACGUACCUAACAGUUGACAAAAAAAAAAACGGUCCAGAGGAGGAGGGGGACGGUCAUCCCAAACGCCCGCCCUGAUAACCGCCACCGGUAAACAAUAUUAUCACCGACCGAUCCUAUUUGUUCGACGACCGAAAAAACCCGAAAUAAAUUCUUUCUCAAAAUCGUCGCAUAAAAAAAACGGCCGGAUCGACCUUGGUUAAAAACGAAAACUUACACCACAUUACGCCUUCUAAAACAACGGAAUGUCGUCGGAAUUAAAAACGCGGUGAAAUAUCCGAUUAUUACGGUUUUUUAGUUCGGAUCGUAAAUCUCGGGAAUAGCCUCGCGGGUGUAACGCGAUCGCGCAUAGCACUGCUUACAUAAUGCUAUACAAAUUCGAUUAUUACACUAUGUACGAACGUGCGUGCCGCCGCCGCUAUUGGAUCCCCGUAAUUUUCGAUCUUCUCCUGCGGGAACACUACGACCGUAUAGCUCGUAUUAUUAUUAUUAUUAUUAUUAUAAUGUUUAAUGUCGUUACCGGUUUCCGUCCGUUCGACCCGACGAAAGCGGACACACGUGAAGCAUACCCGGGUCGGGGAUGAUUAGGUCUCGGGGAAACGCAUGAAAUGCCCAUCUGGUUGCGCAUCGUAUCCGUUCGGGUGGGUACACUCGUUAUCUCGAAAAGUAUUACAUUUUUCCGCCACUUGUUUUCAAGAACAAUUACGAGAAACAAGCCGCUCUACGGCUCUACGCUUAUGGUAUUUUCGCGGGGAAAAAAAACCGUCGCCUACUUUUGAUUUUCAAACGUCAACCUAUAUUGAAAAUCGAGUGGAGUGUCAUUUGUGUGGCGGUACGGCGCGUGGCGUGUUCAUAAUGCACCAACCGAAACUCAUGAGUGGAAUAUCUCGUCAACGGCUAGACAGAAAUCAAAAAUGUCAACCCUAAAAUUUAUUUUAAUACUCCAUAAAUAUUUUUAUGCAUAUUUAUAUAUAAUUAACAUUUGAAAAUCAAAGGUAAAAAGUGUUUUUACCCCAAAAAAUAAUAUAAAUAUAAAAUAAGAGCUGCUUGUUUCUUAUAAUGUAUUCUAGAAAACAAAUUCCGAAAAAAAAAAAAAAUAAUAAUAAUAAAAAUACUUUCCGAGGUAAUGAGUGCACCCACCUGGUAUUUUAUAAAUACGUGAGAUACCGUGCCAAAAACCCGUUAAAACGAUUUUAAUAUAUUUUAACAAUUUAGUAAAUUAAAUUUUCGAUACCUAGUCAUUACAUCGUUACACGGAAUUUUCAUAAUAAUUUCACCCUUGUAGCGUACCGACGAAUGUGAGUUCGGAAGUUUUUACCGUUUUUUUAUCGAAGUUUUUAAGUUUUUUUAUUUUUUCUGUUUACCACGGUAACUCUUCAUUUCUUACGGUUUUACUAAACUAUGACAUCAUCUAUGUUUUUAAUUUGUACUACACUAAAUUAAAUGAAUUGCGUGCGAAAAUUGUCGCUACGCAAACCGUUAUGAAAUAAUAUGGCGGUAACACGUGGUUAAUUAUAUUUCCUUUUCUUUGAUUCUUUUUCUUUUGCUUUUAGAUGCAUUAAUUUUACUUUUAUUCUCGCUCAUACUGUUAACACAAUAUAUUUUAUUCACGCUUAAUAGUCAAAGUUUAGAAAACCGUAAUAAACAGAUGUAUUUAGUUUUACAUAAUAUUAACAUUAUAAAUGAAUGCGAGAAUGAACUGCAGCGCUGCAAUUCACGUUCCAUACAUUAAUAAUAAAACGAAUGGAAGCAAAAUAAACUUAUUACUCAAAAGUCAAUAGAUUUAAAAAUAAUUAGACAAAUAAAACAAAUUAAGUAGUCAUUUUAUAUGAAUUUUAUUUUCUUAUAACAACCCAUUACGUUUAUUAAACAGAUUUAAAACGAGAAUAAUUGUCAACAGUAUAAAUAAUACACCGUUUGUAAGCAAUAAACUGUAAAACAGUUUAAAAUUUAAACCAGAUAUGAAAAGACGGACACACUCCGCACGUGGGUGGAGCCCCUGUUGUAGGUGUGAAGUUUCGAAGGUAGGAUAUAGAAGAGAAUUAAAUGUAUAUCUGUAAGUAACGAUAAACCAUUAUUUGAGGAAAGACGAUUCCGAGCGCAGUUCGGUAAUAUUUAAUUUGAAGUGCCGUAAUUAUUAUCGCGAUUUUCGUUUAAAUUUGAUUUCAAAACGUUUAUUAAAAUAAAAAAAAAAGUCGUCCGAUAAUUUUGGAAAUUUUCCCCCGAUCGAAAUCAAAUUCACUCGAAAUAUUCGUGAUGGAUAGUCGCUAGUUUGUGAUAAAGAAAUCAUUCUGUAUUUAUAGUGUAAAUAUAAAAUGAUUUUACUUCGUUAUGACUGCAUGCGCCUCCUCAGCAACAUGUUCACCGUCCUCAAGGAGGGUGCACCCCCAGGUUGGGAAAUACUGAUUUAUACAGUUAAUGUAUGGAUUUCGAUUUUACCAUCACCCGAAACGCGCAGUAAUUUUUUUCUCUCGGCCAAAAGUUCCGUAAUGCGAAAUGUAUAAAGUAUUAAUGUGCAGAUGAAAAAAAACUCAACAAAAUCCAAAGAAUCGUGAUGCCAAAUAUAACUAUAAUAAUAUAGCGUAGUAUAAUAUAGUAAUAGCAACUAAAAUUCUGACCAUAAAUAUUAUACAGAGUGUCGUCAACAAGACACUCGCUAUCUCAUAAAAUAUUAACAUUUUUUUUUUUUAAAUUUAUGAAAUAAGCAGCUCUAAAAUAGUUCUUUUCCGUUAUUUUUUGUCACUCCUAUCUUUUAGGAUUAAUCCGCUGGGAAUCGGUUAAUUCGGGUUAAAGGACUACCCUAAAACCGGGAAUUUAGAGUAACAAAAAAUAACGGGAAUGUAACAAUAUUUGGAGCUGCUUACAAAACACGUAAAUUUCAAAAAAAAAAAUGCAGAAAAAAGUUAAUGUUGUCUUCGACGAGUACCUUAUCGAGGAGUCAUCAUUCUGCAUAGGUUUUCACUAAACAAUUGUCAGAAAAAAAAAGUUACGGCUAUUCGAAUGCUGCCAAAACCAACGUAUCCGUAAUUUUCUUUUUGACGUUUUUUUUUUUUAGAAAAAAGCUACGCACAUUCAUCAAAAAUGUUUGUCCUCAUUAAAUUUGCUUGUUUACGUUCAAACUCCGAUUUUCAACGAAACGACACGGCUUACACGUCAAAAAAAUCGUUAUAGAUAGACAGGCGGCCUUUUAUACAUAAGAUUAUUUAUUUAUUAAAAAGAAAAUUAAGUCAUGGUGAUAAAAAAAACAAAAAAAAGAAACCCCGAUUUAUUCCGUACCGCAAACUCGAACACGUAAAUAUCUUAGAAAUACAUAAAUAUAUUACGUUUUCGCUAGACGGAUCAGUCGAUUUUUUUCCCCGGCAAAAAAAAAACUAAUAAUAAUAACAUUAUGUGUACGCUCAUUUGAAUCUCGCGUCUCCCGCGGUCUCGCGUUUCUCUUGUUUUUUAUUAUUUUUUUUUUCGAAUUUUCCGUAUACCUAAUACGUUUUCGGUUGACUUUAAAAUUACUCAAAAACGUCAGCUUAUUUCCCGCGCUAUAUAUUAUAUUGCGGAUAUUGUUAUAACGAACCGUGCGUUUUGAAUAAUGUUCGAUAUCCGUCUGACGAUAAAAAUAUUGCAAUCCAUUCGAAACGACAAUUCCAAAUAAUAUCGCGAGAUGGACACGAUGAGAUAUUAUCCGCGUAUAUAAUUUGUACGGUACUCGCGCGCCUGCGUUAAAAUAAAUACAGGCAAUACGUUUAUCAAUCAAAUGGAGUUUUUUUUUUUUUUUUUAAUUUUCUCGUAAAUCGCGUAAAGUAAUACGUAUACACACACAUGCGUGCGCACACGCGUACAAUCGUUUAGCNAAAAAAAACUAAUAAUAAUAACAUUAUGUGUACGCUCAUUUGAAUCUCGCGUCUCCCGCGGUCUCGCGUUUCUCUUGUUUUUUAUUAUUUUUUUUUUUUUUUAAUUUUCUCGUAAAUCGCGUAAAGUAAUACGUAUACACACACAUGCGUGCGCACACGCGUACAAUCGUUUAGCAUUGUUUUAAAAUUUAUUGCAAAUAACGUCUGUCAAACUGUAUAUACGUAUAUAUGCAGGCGAUUUUAACUGUAAAUCAAACAAGCGGCCGCGACAUAUGGGGCGAGUGGCGACUAUAAUAUUUUUAUAAAACUAUCGUACAUUAUUUUAUCGCGAGGCCGGCGAUUAUCAACCGGGAUUUUUAGCGAAUUCGUUUUUCAUAGUCGUUACGGAUUCGUUUAGCGACUGCGAUAAUAUAUUGACAACGCUUUCAACAUUCCGCCCGCAUCGGGGAGCGGACCGUAAACAUUUUUUGCCCCGGAGGAUUACUGCAGAAGUAUUACGAUAUUGUGCGAUGCAAGUACGUUUUUUAAAAAAAAAAAAAAAAAAAAUAUUAAGUUAGUUCCAUGAUAAACUGCAGUAUCUAUAUAUUAUUACUUACUCUUUUCAGAGGUAUUAAAACGUAUUAAAACCAAAGUCCAACGUACAAUAUAAAUUCAUUAAUACUAUAAGACGUAUAUAUAGUAACGUAAGUUCCGAAAUAAGAUAAGUAAAACAAGAAAAAUAACAUUAUUAGUCCUUAAUCGGCGUCAGGAAAGUAAUUACGUAUGUCCCGUUUAUUUUUUUUUUUCUCUAAAUUUGCUUUUUGCGAUUUCCGUUACUAGCGUGUUCUAACGGUACAGACAUUAAUUUAUUAUUAUUAACUUCUUUCGAUUUUUAUAUAGCGACCCACGUUUUUCGAUUCGGAUUCCUAAAGUAUAAAUUAUAUAUUAAAUAUAUAUAUAUAUAUAUAAGAAAAAGCUAAUAUCCCUAAUAUUUGUGUCACCGUUGAAAAAUGAGAAUUGUAAGGGAAUAUGCGCAGAAUAGGUAGUUUAAUUUAUACCUGUACGCAACGACGAACCGCUGCUAACGAAAAACGAUUUUUAGCAGAUUAAAUUGGUCGUAUGUUUCCUUUGUUGUCAAUGUAAUCCAGAAAAUAACACGUAUUGACAGCUUUUCCCAAUUAUUGAGAAAACAACAUCAAAAAAUUGUACCCUAAAACGCCAAUUCCACGAGAAAGUUUUUGAUCGGAGUAAUAAACAGUUGUUUCAAGACACUAGAAAAGAAACACACACACACACAAACAAAAACACACACACACACACACACACACACACACACACACACAAGUACACGCAUCGUAAUAAGAUACACACAUUCCUGGUAUCGUUCGAAAUUUAAAAACGUCGAUAUAAAAUUGAUAGUAGAUAAAAUCGUUUUACCGAUAAGUCGUUUACGAGCAAUAACAAUUUGAAAUAUAAACCGGACGAAUAGGGUAGGGUCAAUUAAACACGGAUUCCAUGAAAUUUAUUAGCCGCCCUCCCUAUAACUUCCGGCCUAGACACACAAUUCAAUUACUACUCAUAAACGGUGCAUACGAUAUUGCAGUUUAGCGUUAUGCGUAUUGCGAUUAAAAAAAAAAAAAAUUAAAUAUACUUAAAACCUUAUACGUAGUUAAUCGUCAGAGGUCCGUGAUAAAAAUUUAAUAUUCGCUCUAUAUGCAUCUGCACCAUUAACAGGGAUUAAAUUCUUAACGCGAGAAAAAUAAUGCGCAUGAUUCCAAAAAAUUUUAACGAGUAAAUUUCAAAUAAUAAUAAUAUACAUACGUAAACAGUUGGAUUUCAAAGCCAGCGGCUGCGUGAGUUUUUUUUUCCUUCAUGCAGUUGCAGUCAAAUAGCAAAAAACCCAAGGACGAACAUAUUCGGUCCAUAAAAACUAAUAUUUAAAAAAAAUAAGGAACAAACCAGGAUAUCGGUAAAUACCAAUGCUAGAACCGUUAAUGUCAUCGAUUCUGUCGGUCCCUAAUGAAUCGACGGAACCGAAGAACCGAGAACCCGGGUCGGCCCGCUCCCAUUUAUCGUUAUAAAAUAAAAUUGAAAAACAUAGAAAUAUUAAAAAGCGUAUGCAACUAAGUAUUGUACAUGGAUAUUAUAGCAGUAUUAUCGUUGUGAAUUCCAACGGUAUGCGGAUUUUUAAGUACCUACGCGUCGAGUGCGCUAAUUCCGUAUUAUAAAACAAGAAACGCUCGCUUAUGUAAGUGGGUCUCGCACAACGUAUAAUAUUUUCAGCAUCGGAUGAUGUGAAAAAAAUAAAAUAUUCACCUAUAUUAUAUAGUUAAAUCGCAAAUACAUACAAUUCGUAAACGCCUAUUCAAUUUGAGUUUUUAUAAAUAUUUUCUACUCUACUGCAACUCUUUUUUUUCCCCCCUCGCAUCAAGCAUUAUUACUGUAAACAUUUAAUUCGUAUUAAAUAAUAAAAAAAAAAAAAAAUUACGUUCAUCGUACUUUAUAGUUUAUUAGCGAAGCUGAGAGUAAAGCGAGAAAUGUAUAUUUUAUUGUAAUUCAGUAAAAAAUAUUUAUAUAUACGAGUGCGUAUGCGUAUUAUAUUCUGCUUCUCCUUCGCCUUCAUCCCCACCAUUUAGAGUCGGCCACACGAGUGUAUAUAAUACGUAUAUUAUACACAACACUGUGUUAGUAUUUUCUUGACGUGAUAUGAUCUCGAAAAAAAAAUGUCAGCUCUUUUUUUCGAGUUAAAAAUGUUUCGGUCCCGUAAACAGUUUUGGAAAAUUAGAUACGGUCGUAUUCAUCGAAUAAAUCUAAUCACUAUAGUUAAAAAAAAAAAAAAAAAAAUGUAUUUAAUGUCACAAUAAAAUUUGUAAUCUUUGUGAAAAAUAUUGUACAUUUAUAACGUCAUAAACUGUUUUUUUUUUUUUUUUUUUUUUUUUGUAAUAGAAACGUAGUUAAAGUGAGGUUAGGAGUUGAGGUUAUAAAAUCUUUUUAUUUUUAACGAAUUAGAAACACUUCUAAAAUCAUUUUUUUUUUCUAAUCAACUACCGAUUCACUAAUAUUAAAAAUAAUUUAUAGUCGAGACUUCUCGAUCCCUUCCCGUGAGUAAUCCAUACCUAUAAUACGCCUAUUUGAUCGUGAUCAAAAAAUAACCUGCUCAAAGUACCUCCCCAGUAGGAUUUGUUUUCUGAAAAUGUGCUAUCAUUGAAAAUCUGUGCAAAAUUACUGGUAGAAAAAUAUUUCACAGGAAAAAAAAAAGACCGUAAUAUUUGACUAUACAUUCGUAUAUUUUCCCGUUAUUAGUUGGGAAAACAGCUGGGAAAAUCAAAAAUUGACUUUCUAUUCCUCGCUCGGCUUCGAAUCUAAAAAAAAAAAUUGAAAAUAUUUAAGUAUUGUUUUCGUAAAUUCUUCCAUUUUUCCUAUGUUUUUUCCGCGUUUUUAACAUUUAUUGAGAACAAUCACCCUGGGAAAAUUUUCUUUCAGAAAAUGUGCUAUACUUAAUAGUCCGGUGCAAGAUUUCUGGUAGGAUUUUUGUACAUAGUAUAAAAACGAAAAAAAUAAAAUAAACACCAUAGUAAAACCAAUACAUUCCUCGCUCCGCUCUGAAUCUAAAAUACCAAUCUAUUACGAAUACGAUACCAAUGUAUAUUAUUUUAUUGUACAUAGUACCGUUUAGAUUUUAUAUUCAAUAGAUUACAAUAUAGAAUAGACACAAGGUCACGUAAAACUUUCGGGUCAUUUUUAUUAUACCGUAAAAUUGAUAUCGUUUCCCGAAUGGAAAAAAUGAAAAAAAAAAAAAAAACUAACCCCCGUAUCAUUUCAAAUCGUAUAUAUCUUCCCGGAUCCGCCAUAAAAAAAAAAAACAACUCAAAUCGACAAAUGUAAAUCACGGCGUAAACGUUAUAUUAUAAAUUAUUAUACAUGACGUACAACAUUAAGUGCUCGUUUUUAUCGUACUUACGCAUACCUAGCUGUACUGUUAUUGAUAAACGUUUGGUUUCGUAUUACGAGUAUUAUUCGAAAAAAUAAACGGCACUCCCCGGAAUAGGUACUAAAUAUUACUUUCGCGUAUACAGGGUGUAACAGGACUAGUUGAUAUUUUUACAUUGUUGUUUCGUGUAAAAAUGGCAAACAGUCCAGUAAACCCUAUAUAUUAUAAGUAUGUAAUAAUUUAUAAUGCGAACAUUUUUUUUUUUUCUUUUUUUUUUUAAUCUUUAUUAUAUAUCAAAGCUCGAUAUAUACGUACUUAUGUCCGGGCGGUUUAUUCGAAUAUUUUAUAACAUUAUAUUUGCAUACGAACAAUUAUUAUUAUUCGAGUAGACAAUAAAACGGAAAAAAUAAAAAAAAAAAAUAUGUUGCGCAUUUUCCGAUUUAGUCUGUAGAGCUCGUUUAAAGCUCUUAGAAGAAAAAAAAACAACUUCAGAUACCUGCUAUAACGUAUUUUUUUUUCCAUCAAGGACGAAUAACGAUCUCUAUCUAUAUACAAACACUCUAUAGUGUUCCACACACGGAGAUCUGCUAAUUUUAUACGAUGAUAGGUACGCGAUGAUAAUGGGUUUACAUUAUUUCGCUCCGCGCGAUUAAAUUAAUAAAUUCUGCGCUGAAAAGCCGCGUCGUCGUGCUGAACACUCGUAUUUGAGUGUCCCUUAGUUAUAGAGGUUAAAAAUAAAAUUGCAUUUAUUUUUUUAUCCGUCUCGACCCCUUAAAAGCGGUUAAUAUAAAUAUAUCAAUGUUUUUAAACGGUUUUUUUUCAUACAUUCGGACAAAGUAGUUAUCCAGAUUAUUUGAAAAAAAAAAUAAAUGACAGUUUAUGUCCAAUUUCAAGUUAUCAGGUACGAUAACAUUAUCUGAUGGUAUUAACAAUUUUUCGCCUAUCAAUAUUUCAUAUUUUUAACGUUUUUAAAGGCGCGAAACGGAAAAAAAACCGAAAUAUUAUUUUUAACCUCUAUAUGACAAAGUGACACUUCAACCUAUUCAGGGUACUCGUUUACGUAUAUUAUAUUUUACUCAACGUACGCGUUCGCAUUCAACUGUAAAGUAUACACCUAUCACGGCUUCAUACACAGCGAUUUUAAAAUUUGCUCAAACAGUAGUAGUUUGACGCUACAGUCCAGUGGCGUACCAAGACUGUUAUUGUAGGAACGGAAGACGAGGAAGGGUGUUGAAAUUUAUUUAAAAAAUCUCUUAAAAAAAAAAAAAAUGUAUGCAAAAAAAUAAUCUCGUAAUACCGUCAACGGAUACGACGAUUGGACUAUACAAAACGAUUUCAUUUAUACCACUAGACCAUUUGAAUUCGUAGAAUAAUCAAUUUUUUUUUUUUUUUCAUAAGUCGAAGUGCUUACAUUGGUUGAUUUUCCCCUCAAAUUACACUAACCGCUACAUAAUCAGACAUUUUUUUUUUAUUUUUUUUAUUUUAAUUGAAUUGUAUAUACAUUUAUAUUUUGAUUUUAGGAAUUUUUAGGAAUAGGAAUUGACGGCAUUUUCGAAUACUUAGACAUUUCACAACUUUUGAGUUUUCCAAAUGUAAACCUACAUUAUGGCUUAAUGCAAAUCGUCAAUCAAAUGAUUUUUCUGAAAAUUUUAAAGUAUUAAAAUCGAAAUUUGAACAAAAAAGUUUCCGAGUUAUUCUACUUUAAAUACAAAAUUAUAACGGUAUCAAACCGGUUAUUUAAUAACUGCACGAAACCAAAUAAGAAAUUGCCUAUACACGACGCCUUUGAAAUAGUCUGUAUCCAAUCCUCAUAAAAAGCUAUUAUCUUGAAUAUUUGAAGCAGAAUUACUAAGAAACUUUUCGUUAAAAUUUCGAUUGUAAUACGUUAACAUUUUCAGAAAAAUCGUCCGAUCGACAAUCGCCAUUGAAGCAUGGUGGUUCUCAUUUCAAAAACCAAAGUCGGUAUCGCCACAAGAUACUCCUUAAAUGUUGUGAAAAAUCUAAGUAUCUUUCACUAUAAUUACAAAUUUCAAAAAUCAGAUUUUGAAUUUUACCAUAAAAACGGUAUGACCGUGCUUAUAAAAUCACUCUGUAUAUGCGUACAUCGGCUUUUUAAUCUAAAAAUAUUAUUGGCAUCGUCGGAAACUAAAUAAUAUAAAUUCGAGUUUUCGCGCGAUCAAAACGUAGAAACAUAUUAUUCUCAAAGUACAUAAACCGUUGGGGUGUAAAAAGGAAAAUAAAACCCCCGUGUGGUUGUUUUAAAUAUAUUAUACGCGCGAUUUUGCCGCGAGAUUAAAAAUACGUUCUUCUCAAAAAGCUAUUUACCGACACGCGUUAUUAAAACGGACGUAGACCAGUCGCCUUCAGUGACUAUUUUCGGCAUUUAAAAAAUGUACUAGCUGCCCACAAUCAAACGUAUCAAUCGCCAUCGGCCAAAUUUACCAGUUGCACGUAACGUAUAAUAUUGUACAGUAACACCAAAUACAAUGAGGGAAAUUGUUUUAAACCCUGUAUUAUUUAAAGUGCGGCUAACUUCGCUCAUCGAUUUGAAUGUGAACUAAAUUAAUACCGAUUAGUUAGCGAAACCACGUCGCGUAGCUAACCGGGAAAAAACGAAAUUUCCAUAGUGCCAAAAUUGUCGUUACGUAGAGAGACUUAUAAUUUACGAUAGCCGGUAGAUAUAAGUUAAACUUUCCCACCAUUUCCGUGAAUUCAGUGUUAAUUUUCGGUCUAUCAUUACUGGGUACCCUCCAGCGAAGUAGACGUUUGUUUUGUUUAAGAUCUGAUUUCAACUAAGCUUUCAUAUUAUAUUUGUACCUCUUCUGCUAUUAUAUGCCAUGUGUUGUAUUGCGGUCAUGUAUAUUAUAAUAUUUUGAGGGCGACUGGUACAGUUUACUCAAGGUAGUUUGGAAGGAAUCGCGGUAUAAAAAAAAAAACAAAAAAAAGAUAUUUUUGAGAGUAACCGGUACACGCCCAUUAAAAAAACGAACGGAGAAACGCAAUUCUACAAAUAAUAUUAGAAUAACGUACGACUUGGGUGCACGUUAAAUUAUUAUUAUUGUAUUAGGUAUAUCUACACCGUACGCAUUAGUUCUGCACAUUACUUUGACCUAUCUGGAAUCCAGAUUACAAAAACAUAAUCCGGAUUCGGAUUCAGUCCGUUCAAUUUGAAUUCGCAGAUCUUAUCCGGAUUGUCGGAUCUAAUCCGCCAAUCAAUGAAUUAAUUAACACCGGCUACAUGACGUGUUGUUGCGAUAUGCAGCGGUGAUACGGCGACACAGCACACCGUUAUCAAUUCGUGUACUUCUAAUUUCAAUUGUAGACAUAUAAUACAUAAUAAUAAGAGCGACAUUUAAAAAUAAAUCACUUUUUUUUAGAUCUUCAUAAUCCGGAUUCGUAAUUUCAUGGCGGAUUGAUAUUCAUAAUCCGGGUUUGGUUCUCGGCACUAGUGCGCACUUAAUCAACAUGUAUUCGAUUUCGAUUGUUGUACGCAGACGAAUGAUUAUAACCGAAUAAUAUUAUAUGCUGUUUAUUAAAAAUGAAAAAUGAAAAAACAUCAAAUACGACUCGUGAAGUUAAUGGACUUUUUGUUUGCAAGUAAUUAUAAACUAACGGCGCGCUUUGUACAUUUAUAACGUAACUCUAAUUCAAAGGACACGUGGUUAACGAACACUGAGUAUAAUUGUAUUAUUAUUUCGUAAUCAAUUUUCGAUGACGACACUACUCCGUUUAUAAACUAUAAUUUUUAUUUAAUUUUUUUCUGAAUUAUGAGUGUAGUGAAAACGCUACAUUAGUUUUACCGAAGAUUUCACCGGUUUUACCGGUGAAAUCGGUUUCAUUAAAAAAAUAAGACGAAAAAACCAUGAUCAAUAAUUAGAGAUAAGAAGCACAAAACAUAAAUUUAAAAAAAUAUUACAUUUUAUUUUUAUCAAUAUUAUUUUAAAUCAUUUGAAUAAAAAUAAAAACGGCAUUGAUGAAAAAACUUUCAUAAAACCAAAAAAAUAAAAACAAAAAUUAUACAUAUUUGUAAAUAACUAUGUAACAGUGUAACACUCACAAUUAUUUAUCAAUUUUUUUUCAUAAAAUAUAUCAAAGCUUUUUCAAUAUUUUCGACGUCAAACAAACCAUCAGAUAUGAUUCACCCGUAUUAUAUUUCUGUUUAGGUAUUAUUCGAUGAUUAUCUAAUAAUACUACAUGUUUUGUAUUCAACUAUUGUUUCACGGGAUAUAUUUUUCAUAAUUUUUUUGGUAAAAAUGCAUUUGUUUGGCAAAACAUUAUUAUACGAUUCCGGAAAAUAUUAGCGAAAUAUGCAAGAGAAAAACACCAAAUAUAAACUCACUAGUUAAUAUAAUAGAGUUUUCGUUCAAUCGGCUAUAAAUAGAAGAUUAAGACAAAUAUAUACAAUUUCUAUAACUUAUCAUCUCUAUUAACAAAAAUAAUAGCUACACCCUUACAAGUUUAUCGGAUUCCCAUCAAUCGUCAGAAUAGGUUUGUGAUCGCGAUAAUUUUUCGUUGCUUUAUCACCUUGUUACCCUAUAUCCUUUCAAAGUUCUCAUCUUAAACACUGACCUAUUAUCUACAGUGAACAUAAUAUUAUACAAUAGAAAUUGCUUCGAUUAUAAUACAGUAAUUGACGGGGACACCGUUAAAGCUUCAUCUACAACGUUUCGAGAAAAACGGAAAGUCUGUACGUCUGAAAUAUUUGAUCAAUAUUGAUCCGCUCAUCGGCGAAUAAUAUAAAACAAUGGUAUGCCCAGGUAUUUUCAAUGGGAGGGGAUGUAGUAAAUAACAUUCACGAUUCACGAAUAAAUCGUACAAUCUUCUUUUAUUAUACAUAACCCAACAAAGAUAAUUUAAAAGCCAUUUCGUAAUGAGUAAAUCGAGAUUUUUCCUCGUAAUUUGAUUAUGGAGUAUAAAAUUUCAAUAAAAUUACUUAGUAAACACUCAUAGUCGGUGUGGUUUUAAGACACUGCGGGAGGGGGAUACAGCCCCUAACAUCUCCUUGAACAUGCCACUGAUGUAAAACAAAAAUACAAAAUCGACAGACCGAUAUUAUACGAUAACAGAGAUCCAAAAGAAGAAAUACCUCUGGCUGGGUAAUAAUAAUAAUUCGUUUAUAUAUCGUAUAGCCAUGCCGAUAUCAUAAUAUGUGGCGGAAACGAAUACGAGUACUAGUACUCGGUCAAGUUACGAUAAAAAAAAAAAAAAAAAGGCGAAAACGAAUAUUAAACCGUAUUUUUAUAAGUGAUUUAAACCGUUUGUGCGAUUAUGUAUUUAUAUAUGUAUUUUAUAGUAUCGCGGGUAAUGCGAACCCGAUUGAUCGUAAUAACAUAAUAUAAUAUUCAAUAGAGACGAAAAUACACAUAUAAAUACAAAAUAAUGUGCAGGCGAUAGCCUUUUUCGUAUAUAUAUAUAUAGGAUUUCGAACGCAUUUAUAAAGCUCAGAGAAUGACAGUUUCUUAAUACUGGCGGUAUACUGCAGCUAGCAGCCAAUAAUACGGAUUUAACGUCUUUUAUUAUUUUGCCCCGUGGUUCGUUCUCACCACAUACGCCCCGAUUCUUUAUCGUUUAUUUUUUUUUUUUUUCAAAAAACAUUUUUGACUCCGAUAAAACGACUAGAGUUAGCCGAUAACUCUAUUGAGGCUAUAUCGAUAAAUAGCCAUCUCUAAAAAAGUAAAUCUAAAGCUUGGCAGCCAUGCACCUAUAUUUUAUCGUUUAACCAAUGGAAUAUUUGUUUAUGACGGCAAUUGUAUCAUGUGAUUAAUACAAGUGAUAAUAAAACGAAAAAUGUUAUUGAAUCAAUCGUAAAUUGUUACGGAAUCGGCUAUUUUAUAAUAUCAUAUCCAUGGCGGCGAAUUAUGAACGAAAAAGGGGAACUCGCAAAGGAUAGUCGAAUUCGUUAGUAUAGUAAAUACAUACCGUUGUUACUGCAUACUGCAUUCUUCUCCAUAAUGGCAGAGUGAAUGAGUAACUUAUGAAGCGGAUGCUCCACGAUGAAACUGCGUGGAUAUAUAAGCGGGUGUAUGUGUGAUAAUUUAUUCCUCACAAUAUUAUGUUAACGAAAAAAAUAAAGCACAAAAACGUCUACAGUCUAAACUUCCUAGUUCGUCACGGGCUUGGAAUUGUAUGGGGUUUUUUUGAGGUUGUAUUGAACGCGUUUCGCAGGAAAACAAUGUCAUGCUACCACUGCUCCGUCUCGUCGUUGGCUUUUCAUCGGAGGGCUAGUGCGGGCUGUACCUGCAGCACAAUAAUAUGUACUUAGUAUAAACGCGGACAUUUCUCGGGGCCGUCGUUGAUGGCCGAGGUAUGGCGGCGGUAUUCCACGUGGCUUAAUGCGGUUAAGUCUUAAAAAUGGCAGAUAAGAAUGACGUCGUCGUCGGUACGGCAGAGGAGGUUAUUACGCGACGAUGACGACGACGACGGAGGGUUUUACGUUUGGCGGGGUUGAGGGGUCGGGGUGUGAGACGCGUCACACGGUAUACACUAUUGUAUUUAUAUAUAUAUAUAUAGAGGUCGGACCCGGAGAUUAACGGAUCUCGGAAAGAGAAAAUAGUAGCCGGCUGCUGCGGGAUGAAUGUGAAUCCAUUUUACCGCGGCCAGAUACGCGAAAUGAUAAGAACUCGCGGGAGAGGUUGAUGCGCUUAAGGGAUUUUUAACCCCCGCGUCCGCUCCCACCCCUACCCACAUCUCUUUUCCCGUUGACGAUCGCACCGUUUCCCCUCGGUAAGCACUACUACUGUUAAAAUACAAUAUAUAAUAUUAUGAGCAUUUACAUUUUUCCGCCUCCCCGAACGGCUGUCUCGUAUAAUAAUAAUGAUUAUUAUAACAUUAUAUUUUUUCCUGUUUCAAAAGAGAACAUACCGCUUCCGCGACCAGUUUUCAUUCGGCUGUGCGCAUUUCCAUCAGGUAGCACCGGCCACGGCCAUAGACAUGUUAAGAAAUGGUGUUUCUAUGAUGCCUAUUUUCGUGACCAGUACUACCUAGUGGGGAUGCGCACCACUGAACGAAAACUGGUCGCGAAAAUGGUGUGUUCUCUUUUGAAACAGGGUAUAGGUAGGUACAUACUAUUUUACGUUAUAAUCGUCUGCAUAUACCGCGGUAUAUUCUACGGUGUCAUAGUACUACGCUACAAAACUCGCGGGAACGCGGUAUUAUAUUUAUCGGUUGAGACUAUCGUUUUACCGGAUGUAUACCUACUCCGCGGCACUAUUAUUUUUCUCCGAUGUAGACUUAAACGUGAGAUAAGAUAAGCUCUUACAUAUAUAAUGGAGAAAAUCGGCUUAAACUUCAAAGACAAAAUACACGUGCUAUUGCUGUUAAUAAAAGAGUUAUAAUUAAAGGAAAAAUGAGAAAUAAAAGGUGGCCGAAACACAAAAAGGCGAAGCACAAGGGUAAAAUUUAUCAUGUACGUUAUUUAGUUUAUACAUUAAAGAAGCAUUACAAUAUCCGAGAUAUGAAAAUAUAGAGAGGGGAAUAAAGGUGAACAGCAUAUUAGUGCGAACGCCACGUUUCGCGGACGACAUUGCAACAAUAACAGAUAGGAUAGAACAUUUAGAGAGAAUGCUACUUAACUUUGACAAGCCACUAUAACAAGACGACAUGCAAAUUAACAAAGCCAAGGCAAAGACCCUAGUUUGUAGUAGACGACAAUCAGACACGAGUAUAACCAUCAAUAUCAACAAUUGUAACAUUUGAAUAGUUUUACAUACAGAAGUAAAAUAAUUAUGAGUAACGGGAAAAGUAUUUUGGAUAUAAAUUCUAAAAUAACUAGGGUGAUAGCUAAGCAGAUGUCUUUCAAAAAGAAAUAACUGCUACGUUCAUAAUCUAAGAAAUAGGAAUCUAAUAUUUUUAAAUAUAUAUAUAUAUAAUAUACUCGUAUAAUUUAGAUAACUAGUAGGUACUUAGAUAAAUAAUGUUAAUACGUGUUAAGAUAAACUUUCCAAUAACAUCAUAGUAAUUUUCAAGGAAAUAAAAAGUAAAUUUAUUCUCUAAUUUCUGCUUAACAUAUUCCAGUGUUGUACUACUUUAUGAUAAAAAGUUAAGGCAACUUUUCGUAUUAUUUUUAUAUUAUUUCACUAUAAAAAAAUCAAUAAAGUUUACGUUUAGAAAUUUUACCAUAAAAGAAAUCAAUUGUUGUGCGUAAUAUAAUAUUAUGAUGUAAAAUACAGUUAUUUACUUUAAUUAAAUAGUGUAUGUAGCAAGCGAAUUAGUUACAAUUAAUAAUAAUAAAAUAAUAAAGUGAAAACAAAAUUAUUAAAAUGUUUUAUACUCGUAAAUAAAUAUAGAAACACAAAAUUAAUUAACUAAUGAAUGCAUCGUCUAGAGUAUUACAAUAAGUGUAUUAUACGACCGGUUUCGAAUUAAAAAUUCAUCAUCAGGUAUAUCCCAGUUAAAAUGUAAAACGCUACUCAUUGAGUAUGUUUAAUAAUAAUAAUACAAAAUUAUGUUUAUUUUUAGUAGCUAGAAUUCUGGGUAUUCGAUAAUAUUGACUAUUGAGAUAGAUUGUAUUUUAUUCAUGAGCGUCACUCGAGUCCAAAUUCUGGAGUAGCAAAAAAAAAAAAAUUAUCCACAAAAAAUGUACAAUGCGUUUAUUUUAAGAAAGUGCAAAAAUUAUUUGUUAUAGGUUUAAUCAUUAUUUUGUAUAAUAAAAAUGCAUUUGUAUAUUUAAAAUUUGAACUGAACUUUAUAUUAUUAUUUUAACUGUUAUAUUAAUUAAAAACAAAUAUACAGGGAGUACUCAAAAAUUAUUAUUAUUUUAAAUUUAUUCGGCGAUUGUUAUCAGCACAAAAUUCGUCGAUAACUGCAUUUUUAUUUACGUCUUUAUUUUUGUGUACGUACAUACAAUAAACCUAAGUUACUUAGUUUUGUAUGACGCAUUGUUGUUCUUAAGUAACUUUUUAGUCUUCAUGGGCACGAUAAACUCCUUUCACAUACUGCACUGUUCAUUGGUGUAAUCAAAAAUAAUUUAAAUACAUCUACUAAUAUAGGGAAACCUCUUCUAACUUCAACUUUUUUUAUGCAUUGAUAAUUUAUUUUCAAAAUAAACUUCAUUUUUCAAACUGAUAAACAUUCUAUUGAAAAUAAUUAUUUCAGACUUCUAUUAAUUUACAUCAAAUCUAUAUACUGCAUUAACUUCUUGAAUAUCAGAUACAUCAGGAUUCUUACUAACUAAAAAUUUCCCAAUCCGUACAUUUUUUAUUAUUAUUAUUAUUAUUAUUUAAAAGAUAGGUUUUAUAUAAAUAUGUUUAACAAGAUAUGUUUUACAUACUAGAUGUUAAUGUAUGCUUUACAUGCAGUUGACUAUAGUUAAGUUUAGGAUGGCCGGGUAACCUACCCGUUAUCUAUAUUUGGUCGAUUAUCUAUUUAUAUAUUUAUUAAAAUAUAUUGGUAAAGUAUUUUGUAUGUUUAUUACGUUAUUCUUGUUAAUAAUGAUAAAAAAGUCUGAAUCUGAAUGUUAUAUUAAUAUUUUAAUCUUAAACUCGGCUGUUGUUUGUGAGUAUAUCAUUUUUCAAUUUUUUUUUUUAUAAAAUAUUUUGUAACUUUGGUAAUACGUUUUUACAUAAUAUUCAAAAAUAUCGGUAAAGCUGAGAGUAGGACGCGUAGUUAUUAAAAAUCCAGAAAUGUUUAACUAUAAAUAGAAAUGAUUUUUUUUUUUUUUUUAAUAGAAAUUUUAAAUUCUAACUUAAAAUUCAUAUAAUUUAUUGUCAGCGACGUAACCUAUAUAAUAGGAUUUUUAAUUCAGCUAAUAGGAUUGUUAUAAAAUAAUAUAAUUGUUGACCCGCAACAGGAUUAUUUGCUUCUAGUACACCCUCCAAUUAUAGUUAACAGCUACCAAAUAAUACUAUUAUUUGCUAAGUACAAAUACAUUUUCGGGUGGCAUUACUAAUACCUACUCGUAUUUAGUACAUAAUAAUUAUAUUACGUUCUGUAAUCGUAUGAUAACCGUGUUUGUGGUAUCACUGAUUAUCAACGGCUAUUGUAAUCGAAAAAACAUAAUCAUAAAUAAUUUGAUAAAGUUUUUAAUUAUUUAUAUUAUUGUUCGAUGUCUUUAGAGUUUGACUAUAUACCUCUUAUAUAGCUACUGUACUAUUUGCGACUUGACGCUGACCGAUGGUUUUAAAUAAAACAAAAUAUUGCAUUGUGUGCAGUAGAUUUAUUUACAAAGUUAAUAUUGACAGAUUAACGAGAAAAAAAAACAAACGACAAAAUGAAAAAUUUAAAAAUCAUUAUUCAAAGUUUUCUCUUGUUUUCUCAAAUACCUAUACCUAGCUAUACCUACGUAUAUAGUUCAAACGUCUUUGUCAGUUUCAUUUAAAUGUCAAGACUUUCACUACUCGAAUAUUUAAUUGAGUUAACUUCUUAUUACAAUAUUAUUAAACUAAAAAAAAAAAAAAAAAAAAAAAAAAAAAAAUAAUAAAAUAAAAUAUACGAAAACUAUUGUCAUCAAUCACGGUGAAAAAAAAACUUUCAAACGGUGUUAAUCAAUAAUAUAUAAAAGUUCUGGGGGAAAAAAACAACGAUUCAAUACAACGGACUGAUUUUUUUUUUUUUUAAUUGACUGUAUUUUUUUAUAGAAAAAAAAUCCAUUAUAACCGGUAAAAUAAAUUAUACAAUCGUUUGAUGUUUUGUAUUAAUUGACGUAUAACUACUCGAAAGACCCAAUAUAUUGAACAAAAAAUAGUGUUCAUGAGUAGAAAAAAUAAAACAAUAAUGAUAAUAUUAAUAAGCGUUUCAUUAAAAAAAAAAAAACGCCUGUAGUUAUUUCUCUCAUAAGUUAUUAUCCGAAAACCAUACAAUAUAUUUAUAUAUAAAUAACUUUAAAUUGCGAAUAGGUAUUUACUUCAAUAGUUAAAAAUUGAACUUAGAAAAAAAAAGCUAACACAUUAAUUUAAAAUAAGAGACGCUGUAAGAAAAUAUUUAAUAGGUGUAACAAAGGUAGGCAUAAUUUUAUAAAGACCAGUAGUGGUAGCUGCGAUGGAAAGCGAUUCAGAACUCGAAAAUGAAGACAACCAGUAAACUUAAUUCGGGAACGUGACUAUGUGUUUGACUGAAGGCGGCCUUUUCAGCUCACCCUCCCCUGUGAAAUAUCAGGAUUCUUAAUCCCGGCCGAUUGAUUUCAAUUAUCAUACUUAUUGUAUCGCUCGUUUUAACUAUUUUAGGUACAUUAAGUUGCAAACGAAUUUAAACAUAUUUGAACGUAGAAAUGAAAUCGGUAGGGCGCCGCGUCAUCCAUAGUGAGAAAUUAUGAAGGUAUACGGCACGGGGCGAUUGGAAAGUUCAUAUAAGUACCGAAAGAACCGAUAAACCGUCGCAAUGGAAAAUCGAUUGUGAACGGAGCUCGGCAAACACCGAUAAUGUAAAUUAUAGUAUUAACCGUGUCUUUUUUCCCAAUAGGUAAUCCGGUAAUCAACAAAAACAAAGCCGUCGUAUCGUCGUUUGUUAUCAGUUCUUUUUUUUUGUUUUUUGUUUUAAUUUUCCAAGUGUGAGCAUUUCUACCAACCGUAAAAGUGAUCUUUUGAGAAACAAAACACGUCGUAUUAGUCAAAGUAAUACCUAACCUUUGUCGUACCCCCGUACAACCGGAAUCGAAAAAGCCAUUAAAAAUUCCAAAUUCCGUUGCCAUACACCAUAAUAUUACGCGCAAAUGAUAAUCGCAGCACGCGAUCCAUAAUGUACAUCGCCGCGGAUUUUGGAGCCGACUGUUCCGUCGUCUUUAUAAUAUUCGCCAUCGUUAAUUAACGUACAAAAUGAUCUUAUAAAUUCGUAUAAAUAAUAAAUAGCCCGUUAUUCAUUAAUAUGUAACGGCGGCGGCGGCGGCGGCGGCGAAGUCACCACUAGCUGCAGCGCUCGGCUUUUGGUAGCUUUGUGCGUAUCUCGCGUAUUUCGCAGCGCCGUAAAACUCUCGCCGUCGUAUCACGAGGCGGAUUAACGGUCCUUUAAAGUGAAAUUAACUUUUGGGUAUAAGCCCGCGAACUAAGUGCUCCAAAACAGUAUUACAAGUAUAUUAAAAGCGCCGACCGGAGUGCAGAUAAUAAUAUGACGAGGAGCGCGCCGCCGGAAAACAUAUUCACGUGCACCCAAAUCGGUUUAUCUCGCGUAGGUAUAAUAAUAUUAUAUUAUAUUAUCUUCGAACUUCCAUCUAUAUAAAUAAAAGUAAGACGUGUCUGUCUGUUUGUCUGUCUGUGUGCGAUCCACAGCCGAAUAAAUCGCACGCAGAGGUACGACAAUUUGCAUACAAAAGCGGAUGAAGAGACCCGUGUGUACAUCGAAGCCGGAUUUCCGAAACGCAACCCCCGAAAUAAAAGGCGGCUAGCAUAGGGUUUUCAGGAUUUUCGUUCCGAAAAUCCUGUUGUUUUUUUUUUCCUGAUUUAUCGGGUAUCUUUUGGCAACACGGCCGAAAAAAACAGUUGUUAUUAUUAAUAAAUUUGUUUGCCACGAGCAAGAAAGUACCUUUUUUAAUACAUUAAUUACCAAAAAAAAAAAAAACAACGGUUCUCCGCGAUAGGAGCACGAGAGUCACAAGAAGAGAAGUUUUUAAUUUAUUUUUUUUUUCGAUAUUGUAUACGAGCAUAGUCGUGUAGGACAGCUAGUAGUUAUAUAUUAAUAUGUCGUAUGUUAUAGCGGGUAUAUAGCAGUAUGUAGUAGUGCUGCUAUGAAAUACAAUUUUCAAAAUUUGGAACAAUUCUUGUACACCAGCUGUUUAAAUACAGGAAAACCGUAGAGCCCUUGUAUAUUUAGUAGUUCAGGACUAUUUUUGAACGACCGCAUUGAUUUUUCGACUUUUAUUUAUAAAAGAGCAGUUUUAUCUAUUGUAUAUCUUAUGGAACAAAUUUAAUUUCGCGUUAUUUUUCAGUUGCGCAUCACAGUACAUGUUCUUGGACGUUUGUUUAGGUUUUUUUUUUUGAGCGGAAGAGGUUAGAGGUGUAUGCGCUUGGAAAAUGCCACUGUUGCCCUUUCACACUUCAUAUAUAACUGUACGAACGAAAACUUUUACGCAAACGGUUACACACACAUACACAUACACAUACACACAUAUAAUAAACGUUUCGUAAAACAAUAUUAUUAGGUACCUUGUACCUAACUAAAACAAUAUGAGAUGGUGGCAAAGAGCGUGUGUGGUACACAAUCGCGGGUUUGUGAAAGUUUUCGGUAGCGAUCGCGGUUACCAGCCCGCUGCAGAUUUUACACUUUGUGGGUGCGGGGAGUUAAAAAAUCACAUGUCAUAUUGACAACAUGGUAAUGUUAUUUAUACAUGGAUUCAGAACUUAUAGCGCCAUAGAAUUUAAUUGGAUCGAUGAUAGCACUUUACUUAUCCAUUUGUAAGACUUAAUUUUUCUAGCAGAAUUCUAUGGAGAAUUAUUUCGUAGUAUUAUAACGAGUUGAAUGCAUGCAAUUUUGAAGUUGAUAUUUACUCAAUUAAGGUAUGAAAACAAAUGCACAAAAUGUUUAAAAAUAAUUUUAUUGUGAAAACCUUAAACAACAAUUCCUUCAAUAUUAUAACAAAAAAAAUAUACAAAAAAAAUCCCUCUGUACAAUAUUAGACAGGUUUAUUCGCGGACACACGAUAUCCAUGAAAAAGGCUCGUGAUAGGUAUAAUAAUAUGUAAUAUGGUCCUAAUGUUUUUGCGGAAAAGGAAAUAAAUUCCAAUUUGCUUUUGGAACCCGCGGAUUUUCGGGAGUUUGCCGAUCGGUUAUUUCCGGUCCGUGAUCAAAGGACCACGUCGCCGUCAUCCCCGUCGCCGCUCAUUUCACGCGACGACACGUUCGCGGUCGCUGUUUGUUUUCAAGUUUUGUUUUUUCAACGCUUUUAUCAAUAAAACGAAUUACAUGAGAAAAAUUGUAACGAUGUGAUGUCCUUUGUUUCGCAUUAUUUGUACACAAAUAGUAUAAUAUCGUCUGGCGCAAAAUACGUUCUCAGCAUAAUUAUUAUACCAUUAUUAUUAUUAUUAUUAAGUUCGUUCGUAUCAUAUUUUUCAAACGCAACUCGGUUGGCUAUAGGGGGACACUAUAUUCGGUGGUUUAUUAAAUUUUUAUUUUUCGAAAAACCACCACGAUCAUAAUGAUUAUUAUAACUCGUAAAAAAUUAUUUUAUUUUGUACUACAAAAGAAAACCGCAAUAAAUGUACAGCGCGAUAAAAUAUACAAUUAUCUUUUGUAAAAAAAAAAAUAAAAAAAUAAAAUAAAAAACGAGACAUGUUUUAAAAUAUAAUUCACUAGAAUUUUUUUGUUCGGCACUGAUUUAAUUUGACCCACACUUUUUUUUUUAUCUGUCUGUUAAUAUAUUAUUUACAUUUUUUACGACUACCGUAACCGGUCCGGUUGAUUUUCGUGUUUGAAAAUUGUUUCAUAAUAAUAUUAUUUAUUUUCACAUUUUUUCCCCGCUAUAUUUUCGUCUUCUUCUCAGUAUUCGACGUGUGCUUUAAAAUUUAAAAAAAAAACAACAUAUACAUAUUAUGUAUCGCAACACCAAAACGCAAAUAAUUAUUAUUCAAUUUAAGGAUUUUUUUUUUUUUAUCGUAUCGAUAGAACACUUCUUUAUGCAUUCAACGGGAAUUAUCCUUGACUUUGCUUCUCCCGAAAAUCCACACGACUGCUAUGAAGUUUAGAUAGGUACGCUCGCGUUUCAAAACCGUUAUACUCUUGUGUACCAUAUCUAAUUUUCAUAAUAUAUCCGCAGUACUCAUCUGCUAUGUGUAAAAACUAAAGUGUAUCGAUGUAUAGUAUGCUCAAAGAAGUGAGAACACUAUAAUAGGGGCAUGUUCUUUAAAGCUUAGUUCGGCACAGAAUUCACGAAUUCGAUAUACAAUUUUGAUUAGACACUAAAUACAAUUUAGGUGAAAGUAAAGAACAAUUCAAUUCUAUUGUAAUUACGUUUUAUUCAAUCGUGCACUUCUUGAUAUAUUUGUGUUAACUGCUGGAUUACUAACUGGGGGAAACGACACUAGACGAGUGAACGAAACGCGAGAGGUUUUUUACUUUCCGGAGUUCUGGACCUUUGGCUGUACCCGUCUCACACCUAACAAAGAAUUCUCGAGUUAUCCAUCAUCGAUCUACGUUAUUUAACUGUUUUUUCUUUUUUAGAUUCAGAGCGUAACGAAGAAUGUGUUGGUUUUUUUUAUUGCUAGCUUUUGAAUUGUGUACCGCGUAACUCAGAAUUACAAUGCGUAUACUUACAUAAAAAUAAGGAAAAGACCACGGAUAAAUUUCGUUAAAGCAGUCAGACAAUAAGCUAAUAAAACCGAUGAAAAAGAAUGAUUUGGAAUUACUUACCAAACAACCAAGAAAUAAAAAACAAUGCACAGAGAACGGUGGAUGAUUGGAUGUCAAUGGUCCUUAUUAGAGAUCUAGAAACCACGAAAGGAAAAAAAAAAACAAGUAACGAAAUUAGAUGAUUUGGAAUUUAAACUAUGGAGUUUAGGUUGAAAUCUGAGAUUAAAUUGUGCAAAUAACGAAAUUUAAAAAAAGACUAAAUAGAUAUUGUUAUGUAAUGCUGUUCGAAUCAAGCGCGGAGAUUAUCGCAGAUUGAGAAGACAUUACGGGCCAUUUAGACCUAUUUCGCUCGUCUCUCUACUCGUCCGCCGUCGAUUCCAAACAGCUUUUGCAUCAUCAGUAAUGUUACGAUAUGAUAAAUUAAUUAUUCAUCCGUCCACGGUAAAUACUAUUACCGCGGUCGCGGUUCGGAUGAACGUUCGUUCGUUAUAUUAAAUUAUAUUAUUGCAUAAUAAUAUAAUAUACGUACGUGCUUCGCGUUAUGCCGGUGUUCGAAAACUUUCCCAAACGCACACCCUACAGUAGGUGCACUCGCAAACUACCUAUACAGUACGGUUAACCGCAUCGAUCCCUUAUGAAUAUCUUUGCUCUUUUGUUUUACUUCGGCAAACACGCGAAAAUUAUGGCAAAAUUACACGUUAAUCACUAACUUCAACGUUAGGUUGGUACAUAUUAUUAUUACACGGAGUGCAGUAUAAUAAUUUUGUUUUAUUAUUGUUUAGUAUUGCAAGCUGCUGUAGUUGUUGCUACGGUCGUUAUCGUUAUUUGCGGUGUUUAUUCGGUAUAAUGUUCACUCGUCGAACCUUCUUUUUCAGGACAUAAAAGUUCGGUCUCAAAAACCUUGCGCCUUCAAUGAUGACAGCGGUAUUACCAUCGAAUAAUAUUAUUUUGAUCAUCAUCGUAUCAUGACCUCGGAACUCUAUAAGGGAUUCAGCUACUACUGUUACUGUGCUCCAAUGAUCACGGUCGUGAGCCUAUACAUUUUAUCCUCCGAUUCUGUCAUUUUAAAACCUUCCUACACAUUUUUUUGUAAUCCUGCCGUCUACCUUUUUUUCGACCUUUUUCUCGGACUUCUUUCUGGCUUCCGUUCGGUCGCUAUUCUUUUUUUUGCUUUUUUUACUUUGUCACACGGUGUGCUCCAGCCACUGGAAUUUUCGUUUCUCACACGCAGUGUCGAAUAAGGGCGUCUCCGUUAUUUCCGCGUUUUUAUCACUGUACGCCAGUAGAUUAACUCGAAAACUGGGCCACACAUUAUUCGUAUCUGCUUACUAUUGAAAAUAGUGUUAACGGAUAUUAGAAUAAAACGCCAUUUACGCAUAAUGUGAAUUUAUAAUACGCAACAUUAGAAUUAUUCCGUAUUAAAAACAAUUUCAUCCAUUAUAGUUUUCUUGAAAUUAGUUUUCAUUUCGCCAUUAUUUUCCAGAAACGUCGGUAGAUAUUUCAGAAACUUAUUCUCCGGUGAAAUGAUUAUUUUUCACAUAUUCAUCGUUCCGAAAUUUAGUUUUCUACGAUUUUAGCGCGCUCCCCGGCCUCCCCUAAUACGACCCACGCUACGGCAGUUUUAUUUUGCGUAAACGAUAAAAUUAAUACUAUCCAUUAUGAACACCUGUCUAUUUCGAACAAAUCAGUUUUAAAUAUAAUUAUUCUCUAUGAUAAUACCGCCAACGAAUCAUUUUAUUCAUAAUUAUUAUUUAGAAUAUAUGUGAGUAUAAGUUUACGCAUUUUAUUCGUUGUUUAUAGUGUUAUAAAUAUUACGCGUUAUAAACACUUGCCCGCCUCAUUAUUAUACCGAGAGUACUGCUUCAGGACUCUCUGCAGAAUACACGGCGCGGCGCGUUGUUUAAAUGAUUUAUGGUAAUGAAAUUAAAAACUUGAUUAUUUAGGUAAACUCGUUUUGUCAAAUACAGUAGUCUUUGAUUAUAGGGUUUUUGAAAGUUUAAUUUCGUUGUGUGCUUAAUAAAUCAAUACUACGUAGGCGUGUCUGUAAAGUUUUUUAAACGCAUACUUUUAUUUUUUUGUACUAGACUUAUAUUAGAUACAAGAAAGUGCUCUCGAUUUGGCCGUUAUAUUUUUUAUGAAGUUCGUUUAGGCUUUACAAAUCGUAUUAACUUUUCAUAUUUACUACCUAUUAUAUUCGAUAUAGGUACAGACAAUCCCAUCUAUUGUCUCAAAAUACGCGUUUCACCGCGUAAAAUUAAAAAUUCCACAGAUUUUAUUCCGUGUACUAAUGUAUAGACAUCUAUGAUUAAAAAGUCGAGAGAAUAAGAUAUAUAAUAUAGAAUAAUUUAAUUUAAAUCUGUGUGUAACGAUAAACCAAUAGAAACGAAAAACGAUUCCGAAUGAAGUUCGGUUAAACGUAACACAUUGAAAUGACGCAAUUUUUAGAAUGGAGCGAUACGAUGGGGAAUGUAUAGGUUUUACCGCGGUGUGUUAUUUAUUUUUUGUGUGUGUGAAUAAUAUUUCUAAAAGAAAUCUUACUCUAAUCGAAAACUUAACGGGUCCAUUCGUGUAAAAUUGUGGAUCUAGUUGAUACAUUAAAGACGUAAUUUUUUGUAGUUUUCUUAACAAAUCGGAUAAUCUGGCAAUUUCGCGUAUAAUUUUUGUCGAUUUCUAUGCUACCUUAGCAAAAAGAGUGAAAAAUAUGACUAAUAGUACUCUGCUCACGAUCGUUUUUCGUUAAUAAUGGUUUAUCAUUGCGUACACAUGUAAAUUAAAUUACCGGUAAUAUUCAACUGUCAAAAUGUCCACUUGAAAUAGUGGCACGCCAAUCUAGAUGCAUUUUUCUUUUAAAUUCUAAACGGAGCAAGGAAUGUAUUGGAUAUACAAUGAUGUUUAUUUAUUAUUUUUUUUUUUAUGUCAACACUUUUUCUACCAGAGAGUUUGGAAACUAUCAAGGAUAGCACAUUUUCUGAAAAAAAAAUACUCUCUGGGUAGUAUUUUAAAGAGGUUGUUUUUUGAAAUUUUUAUUAAUAUUCGAGAUAAUGAGGAAAGUCUGGUUCUCUAGGUUGAAAAAGAUUGAAAGAUAAAAAAUAAGGUUAUCAUUGGCAACCGUUAUUAUUUAUUUUUGUUAUUAUUAGGUUUCUAUUAUUUUUAAUUUUUUCUAAUGAAUCAUUGUCGUCAUGAAAACGCACACCAUUGUAAUUAUUUUACCAUAAUAUUAUGAUUAACAUAUAUACUGUUAAAGCAACACUAUCAAUUGAACUCCGCUCAGAAUCGUUUUUUCAUUAUCAGUGGUUUAUCGUUGCUUACAGAUACAAACUGAAUUUCCGUCUACAUCCUACCUUCCCAACUUACCACUUACAACAGUGGCUGCACCCACGUGCGGAAGUAUGUCCGUCCUUUUUUUUUUUAAUAAUUUAUUUGGCUUUUUUAAUAAUGUAUAUAUCAAUUACAUAGUACUAGUUUUAAUCUUGCAUUAUUUUCGCUGUUUUUUGUUGGCUCUUUUUGGGGGCGAAAGGUUUUAAUUUUUAAGAGUACGUUUUUGCGGUCAGUAAAAAUUGUCGGUAUUUUUAAUUUAUUCGUUUAUCCGAUAGUCGUAAAUCCGAGCUCUAUGUGUAAUUAUAAUAUAAUUCUGCGAACCCUGCAACGAGUAUUAUAAUAUCGACCCGCCGCCCGGUCAUUUUCGUUAGGUUUCGUUCUCGCGAUACACUGGAGCGAACGUAAUCCUUCUAUAUUACGUGGAGUUUCAACCCGAGGCAUGCGGUCGGUUCGGCGGUAUCUUUUGAAUAUUUUCGCAAUUUAAUCGUAUUUUCUUAUACUCGUGUGGAUAAAAACAAACGUUUUAACGGCGGCGGCGGCGGCGGCAACGGGCGGGCGGACCGGAUUUCUCGCUUAAAGUUUUCGGCGUAUUAUUAUAUACGUAUGCGCGCGCGCGCGUGUGUGUGUGUGUGUGUGUGUGUGUGUGUGUAUAAGAAUUAAGUUUGCAUAUAUAUAUAAAUAUAUUGUACGAUGCACUCGCUUGCAAUGCGAGUGUAUACACAUAUACACUUACAUUUUGUAAUAAUAUUAUACUGCACUAUUGUACUCGAGUAAUAUAUUAUUAUCUGAGCAUUAAAAGAUUCUAACUCGUUUGCCUUUUAUCGUACGGUUGAGCGAUUUUUCAGUAUUUUAUAGGUACCUAAUAAAUUUAUUUUUAUUUUCGUGCCGUUCAAUAAUGUCCUUAUGCGAUAAUAAUCCAAUAUAGGUAUUAGAUAUCCCGAUGUUGUAUAGCAAUGUCGCUUCCGCCGGAACACGAGUAAAUUCAAUUUUUUUUUUUUCCUAGUUUACUUUUUGUAGUUUUUUUUUUUUUCGAUUUACGCGAAUACGACAAAGAAAAAAAUUAACACCGACAGCGCUUCACUCGAUAUACCGACAAUCGAGCGUAAAGUCGCGCGGUCCGGAAAUUUCGACGAAAUCCGUAAAAACCAAGAAAUCACAUGUUUCAUGUCGUUUUCGUGUUUAUAGAUUGCAGUAAGCGUUCACCGGUGAAAUGCAUUCGUUUUACUAUGUUAUGACGACGGUUGCGUGCGUUUUUCUUUUUUCUUUCAGUAAACGGUUUUUCUACCGGAAUCGAAGUAAGAUUUUCGAACGCAACGAAUGCAAUGGAAACGUUUCUGCAGAAACUUGGAUGCGGUUGGUGAGAAGGACGUUUUUGAUUUUUUUGUACUUGUAUAAAUAAUUGACAGAAAUAACGUAGAAAACCCGAACAGAUUUACGGCAAUAUACGGUUUCUAUAUUAGUUUGCAGUUAUACGAGUAGAUUAUGUGCGAACGACGACGGGCGGAGCGGUCUCGGCCCGGCUACCACGAAUUCCGCGGGCUUCUCGGUUUUCAUCAGUUUCGCCGAUGGCGAAAUGGCCUCCGUUACCGUCGUCGGAUUAUGUGUCCCAUCGUCGCUGUCCCGGUCGUCACUGUUUUUGUCAAUGCGUUCCGCGAAACCAUCAUGACGUCCCACUGCAACCAUCUUGACGGCCGAGUGGUCUUUCGCUUCCCCAUACCUUCACCUAACCUCGUCUGUGCGACAAAAGUUUGAGUUUGAGUUUUUUUUUUUUUUUUAAAACUUUACCUCAUAACCAAAAAAAGAAAAAGAAAAAAGGACAUAUUUCGCACGACGGGUGCGUCACUGAUGCAGGUGGGGUGUUGGGAAGGUAGGAUAUAAAGGGGAAUUUAAUGCUUAUAAUAUCUGCGACGAUUAAUCAUUGCUAAUGAAAAACAAUGCUGAGCGGAGUUCGGUCUUCAAUUAUACAUGCUUUAAAAGGCCGUAAUUUCGUCAAAAUUUUAUAUUAAAAUUAUAAUAAAAAAAAAUAAUUAAAAUGUUACAUUAAACUCGAUUUUUUUCUUGUUAAUCGCUAAGUACAACAAUUUUUUAUGAACUUUCUGUUAAAUUUUCAAAUAUAUUUCUGUUUGGUUUAACCCACUGGUUCGCCCACUGAGUACCUACUGAAAAAAAUUGUAUAAAAAACUCGCAAAAUUAAAAUAUAUAUUCAUAGCUCAAAAAUGGCUCAUAAUUUUAUGUCUUCAAUAACAUUUUUAACUUAACUAAAACAAAUAAUAAAAGCAAUUUUUUUUUUCUUUGUAAAUUUUCCCGUUUUUCCUACGUUUUUUCCCAAUUAUUAUAAGAACUACAUAGAAAAUCGAAAAAUGACCUCCUAAAAAUACCUACCAACUGUAUGCAAUUUUUCUUCUAAUAUUAGUUAACCCCGCUCUUCAACCGAAUACACAAAUUGACGGACAUUCGCCUAGAUCUGUCGAACAUAACGACGAUCUCCCAGCCGGCGGCGAUCGAUUAUCAACUCGCCAAACAAAGCGGUUGUCGUGACGAUGAAAAAUUACAAACGAAAAUCAUAUUGAACCUACAGAGAUAACAACGUUUAUAAAUUAUAAACGAAACAUAAAUAAUUAUUAUUACGCGGCAAUAAUAGUGCAAUGAUGUUAUCCUAAUCCAUACGAGUAUUGUAAUACUAUCGACUAGGCAUGUCGGUUAUUUAAAUCCGGUUGGGUGUCAGUAUGACGGUAUGCAUAUCAUAUCGCGCAGAUUAUAUAGAAUGUACUUUUUUUUUUUUUUUGUUUAUUUGUAAUUGCAAUGAAAUUUGUCACGGUAAAAAAUCAUGAGCGCUAGAUGGACUUUUUAUUGCGUAUAUUACGUUAAAUUUUUUAUUUUUUCUCGUCGUGUAUUUUCGCGUCCUGUUAAACCCGUGCGCUGCGGUGUACACCGAUUAUACGACAACACCAAUUUGUACCUGUCGUGUACAUGCAGUGUCCGCAAUAUAACUGUUAUGUAGUCGUGUAGGUAAAUAAUAAAUUGUAUAAUAACGGUUUAAUGAAAAUAUUUGUAGCCGAAAUAUUAUUAAUAAUGCCGAUUUGUAUUUCUACCCUCGUUUCGAAUACCUGCAGAGUUGCGUGUUGGUAACCGCCGUAAUAAUCGAUUAAUUAAAACACACACGGCGUCGUUGUGCGAUUCGUAUUGUCCAUAAAAAAAAAAAAAAUCAUCGGUUUUCCCAUUUAAAUCUCCCUACAGCAACUCGUAACAAUCACUUUUUUCAAAAAAAAAAAAAAAUAAUAAUAAUAAAAUAACCGCUUCUGAGCAACGGAUCUCCGUCCCUAAAAUCGAGUUUUCUCUCGUUCAAUAAUGUUACUAAACUAUACGAUACCAAUUCCGACAGAAUUGUGAAACGUUUUAGCGUGAAGUGAUAGUACGGGAGCGCGUAUUUGAUACUGACGCCAGGCUUUUACAAAAUGUCCUUCAUCUGGAUUUAUUUAGAAGGUCUGUAGUGAUGUCUGAAGCGAAAAAAAAUUUCUCAUCUGCCACAACAACAUGGUGAAAUUCAUAUUGAAACUAAACACAACUUUUAUCAGUUCGAUCCGUGUUUUAAACGAACAGUCAUGGUUUAAACAUUUUCAUUAAUAAUUUAAAUACUACAUUUGUUUUUUCUUGAUAAUACCUUAUAGUUUAUGCUGUAGAUUUUAGUGUGUUUAAUAUACGCGCUACAUUAAAUCAUGUAAAAAAGUUACCUCAAGUCCUUGUUGCAAUGAAGAUGUUAUUUGUAGUCUGUGCAACUAUUUUUGCGUGACUGUUGUUUGUUUCUGAAAAACAAAUAUAUAAUUAAAUAAACGACCGGAAUUAAAGGAAUAAAAAAGUUCUGUCGUGAUUAUCGUAAGUAGUAUUUAAUAUAGGUAAUUACAAAUUUUGUAUAAUUAUUGAUAAUACCUAUUAUGAUUGUCAAUUGAAUUCGAAUUUAUUUAAAACGUUUUAAACACAAAAAAGCAAUGUUUUCAACACGUUUAAAACGUAGUUUGUAAAUUCUAUAUAUAAAAAAAAAAAAAAAAACAGUUCAAAAUAUUAUAAAUAUUUAGUUUUUUUUUUAAAUCUCCGGUGACCGCGACUUUUAUAAAAAAAAAAAUAAUAAUAAUAACGUAUUAUUGCAGUGUCAUUCGUUUCGGAAUACGCCGAGUGUGGUUAUUAUUAUUACAUUUUUUUUUUUUUAUUUUUUCCGGAACCGUAUACACGGCCGGAUUAGGCGAAUGAAUUCCCUCAACUCGUUUGCCCUUUUGCGGAUACGCGACAAAUUCCCCCGACCGCGUUAUUAUUAUCGAGCAACGAUAUUAUAAUUUAUAGGUAUCGCAUUGUUUGCCGCGAAAUUACGAUUAUAAUAAAAUCCCCCCGGUUAUUAUAGUCGGUAAAUUAUUAUUACCCGAUGUUAAUCACUGUCAAAAUCCCAAUUACUGUAACAAUAUUUAAUUAAUAAACUCGCGAAGGUAACCACUCGUACGGGGAGAGUAAUAGAGAGCAACACAACGCGUUUUAGAACAAUAAUAUAUGAACAUUAUUAUUUUCAUUAACAAGCGACAAUUUGUCAUGUUUUACAAACACGUGGUUUUAAAAGGCGAUUAAUAUAAAACCGCCCGUGGUUUCCGUUUCAAUUACCUAUCCACGUGUAUCAUAUACGUUAUUAUUGUCGACCUGACAUUUUCCCGAUUUACAUUUUUCCUUCUUUUUUUUUUUUUUUUUAUCGUCCAUUAUUAUAUUAUAAUAACGCGGUAGAGUUUAAAUGCCAAUAUUAUACUAUAGUAAUAAUAAUAAUGAAAUUACUGCACAUUAUAAUAUCGAGGGAAGGGAGAUAGGCAAACGGGAUACACACAGUUCUCGUAGGAUGAUGUGAAAAGGGCUAAAAAAAAUCGGGAUCCUAGUAGACCGAAUUCGAAACAAAAAAUUUCGAUCGAAAAUGACAAAUUUGUAUUUCAAUUUUGCUCCGUUAUAUUAAUGGGAAUCGAUCCAGGAAACCCGUAAAAAAUGCCCUCUUCGAAGAAAAGUUGUUGUUCACAUAUACCAAACAAAAUCAUUCUUCGUUCAGAAUCUAUAAAUUCAGUCGGUAUUAAUUAAAUAGAAUAUCCUUAUAAAAACGAGGCGAGCUGAUAUACGAGGAUGGGUACCUCUUAAAUAUUAUAUACUUAUAUGAGGUCAUUGAGAAUAUGGAAAUAAUAUAAAUUAACUAAACAUUUAAUUUUGUACUUUUGAAAAAAUUCAAUACAACUGAUCGUAAACUAAUAAGAAAACUGCAAUGUUUGUAAAUAUCGACGCUAUCAGUAACUUCAGAGGUUGUAGUCUAUUCUAUGGCUGUAGAUAACACAAUCAUUGCAGAUGAUAAUAAUUUGUUUGUACAUAAUUACUUAGUGAAAAAUAAAAAAAAAAAUAACAGAUAUACUUCACACGAUGGGUGUGCCACUGUUGUAUGUGUGAAGUUAGGAUAGUAGAGGAUAAAAUGAAUGUAUAUCUGUAUACGGUUAAGCAUUACUAACGGAAAAUGAUGCUGAAUGGAAUUCGGUUAUAUAUGUUUUGAAAGACCGUAAUAUUUACGAUUUGAAAAUAAUAAAUUUCGUAAAUUUUCUUGUUUUGCCUACGAUUUUAACAGGUUUUUCCAAUUUAUUAUGAAAAAUCCUGGGAAAAUCAAAAAAUGACUCUCUUAAAGUACUACCCCAGUCAAAUUUCCUUUCAGCAAAAGGUACUACUCAUGAAAAUCGGUAAAAUAUUUCUAGUAGGAAAUGUCGUUUACAGAAAAAAAAAAAAACAUAAAUAAAUAUCACUGUAAAACAAACAUGAUAUCAAAAUAAAUAUCUACUACCCUUAAGUGAUGCUUAUGUCAUAGUGAUACACAUGCGCAUGUCGUAGCUUUUGAAACAUACUAUAUUUUUUUUUCUCGUCGAUAGAAAUGGAAUUGGACAGUUCAUGACACGUAGGGCGUCUGUUACAAUUUUUUAAAACGUGGCGCCUAUGGGCGAACUGCAAUAGUUAGGCAUAUAAUAUUGUACUUGUACUCAAAACAAACCGUCUCGGUUAAGAAACUGUUAAGUGCUUGAUUCGUUUCUCGAAAAAUUAAACGAUUAAUUAUUACAACUCGAAGGAUACGUACCUAAUGUUAAUACUACUGUAAUCGCCACGCACAGUUCAAACAAUCGGCAAACGCGCGCCAUUUGCACAGUUGUACAUUAUACAAUACAGGGCUCGCGAACGCAUCGAAUAAUAUUUCAUAGUUUUGAUACCACUAACAUAUAUAUUAUUUUAUCGUUGUUGUACGGUUAUGGUGAACCGUAUUUAUACACAUCGGGACGACGUGGAACAUAAUAAUAAUAUAAUGGAACCCUCGACCAUCCGCUAUAUUUUCCGCGAGACGUAAAUUUUCGACGGUCGCAGUCGUUAUUUUUAUUUAUGAUUAUUUCGUUUCAUUUUUUUUUUUUUUUUUAUUUUUUUGUUUUUUUUCAUUUCGUCACCUUACCACACCACGCCAUAAAGAUUGCAGUUAUAUUAUUAAUAUUUUAUAAUAUUUACGACGGACACGCGCGGAACAAUACUUCGCUUCCGUGGCCUCUGGAUCGAUCGAAAGGGAUCGCGUUUUGACCCAGAGUAUAAUAUAUAAAUAAGUAGGCAAUCUUUAUUAUCGCAGUGGCGUCAUUUCAUCCUUUGCUAGACCGAGAGAACGUUUCAGAAUAUUGCUAAGUGAAAAAACGUUUUUGUCGAAAUUUUCCUGGAAAUACAUAGAGACUAUAUCGUACUGUAUUGUGUCUAUCUUGUUUAUCUCGUCCGUCGUGUGAAGUAAAUGAGCUCAAACUCGGGAUUAGAGUCGUGUAGUAGGAUUGAAUUGAUACGUUUAAGGUCAAAUUUCAGUAUGAAUUUUACAGCGUUGUUGCAGGAAGAGGAUGAUUUUUAAGUUUUAAAGACCUCCCAGCCUCUCAUCCUGAUUGAAGUCAAAGGAGGUGACAUUUUGUAUUUUGCUAGGCCCUUCCGAUGAUAAGUGCCGUAUUAUAGUAUGAAGUUAUGUUGUUAUAAAAUAUUUAGUUAUUUAUGAGAAUUUGUAUUUUUUUUAUAUCUAUAGAUUUGAGGGAAAAUAUUUCUACGGAACCAUAUUUACCUAAUUACUUGGAAAAAUAUUUACUCAAAAAGUAUUGUACAACCAGAUUAGCAUUUCCUAUGCGUUUAGAACGAUUAAAAAGGUCUGCAAACAAUUCCACAAUAUUAUAUUUAAGAUAUACAUACAGGUAUCUGGUAUCGAAGUCCUAAUAUUAUGUUUCUAAAGAUACAAUCUAAAUACACCAAGUGUAUUUGUUUGGUUCCAUUUUUUUGCAGCCACUUAUUUAUAAUAUUAAACGCAAUAUGUGGGGAUUCGUUAAUCGAGUUUCGAGGUUCACGUUCGGAGACCCCGUCCGCGUCAUAUUUUCGACAUGAUCUCAAUUCGCUUGUCUUGUUUUCAGACGUAUUCGGCCUGAAAGGCGUUCAGAUUCAUACUCCCGAAGCCAUUAGGGCGGGCGAGUCGUUGCGGCUGAAGUGCGACUACGACCUGGACGGUGUGCCGUUAUACUCGAUAAAAUGGUAUUUUGGCGAUCAGGAGUUUUACAGGUUCGUACCAAAGGAGUCGCCACCGACAAGGGUUUUCCCGCUGUCGGGCACCACAACGGUCGACGUAAGUAUUGAAUCGCUAUAUUAUAAUGUUUCCAAAGUACACGUUUCGAGAUCGGUACCUAAGAGUACCCAUUCUAUACAAUCUCUCGUUCUUAAAGCUGUAACAUUAAAUUUGAACGGGCCCCGCGGACCGCUGUAAACUCUGUGAAACGGGCGGAAAACCCAGCGAACGUAAUGAGAAAAAAGUUUUCUCCGAACUCUUGUUUUCGGGCCGUUAAAAAAAAAAAAAAAAAACAAACAAAAACAAAAGACCCAAUCCUCAAAACCAUACAAUAAUCCGACGUUCUAUUAAUCGUCGAAUCGUCUGUCCGCGCACACAUCCGCGUGUCGUGUCUAUAAAAAAAUUGCACGGGAUAAAAUCGUACGUUAGACUGCCAGUCGGCGAGUCGACGUUUUUUUUUUUUUUUUUUUUUGUUUUAAAAAGUAAAUAAUCAUAAUUAUUAUCGGGCGGCGGGACAAAAACUUUUGUUCUCCGGACGGAUAAUAUUCUACACUAUCGCGACACGGAAUUACGCGGAAAAGUUUAUCAAUCUCGCGUGUAUAUAUACGUGUCCCCCGAGGAGAUUAUAUUUUAUAAUAACAAUAAUAAUAAUAUAUACGCAAACCUUAUUCGGUUAUGAUUGUGCCGACGACGGUUAAAUCGGUAUAUCUUUCGACGCGACUCGUACAAAAAACUCGGUCGUCGCUCGUAUAUUGUAUAAAUAUAUAUAUACACGAGUAUAUUAUAUAAAUAUAAAGUUUUCGAAUUUAGUUCAACGUGUUUUCGGACGUACACGCUGAAUGUGAUUAUAAACACCGGGGAAAUUAAAAAAAAAAAAAAAAAAUAAAAAAUACGUAUAUAUAUAAAAAUAUGUAUUAUCAUCUCUGUCGUUAUUAUACGUAAUAUAACAUACAAACGACAAGUCGAAUCCCCAGACGCUGUGCUCUAUACAUAAGAAUAUAUUAUAAUAAUAAUAAUAAUUUCGUACAAAAUCGUAGGGUUUUCCGUGGCUCAUUCGGACAUAUCGCAGGCACAGACACGAGGCUGCGACCCUCUCAUUAAUAUUCCUUUGACCGACUUAUCCGGGAUACUCGUCACGGACCUUAUCCCUCCGUUAAUUCCGCUUCUGUAAAUAAUUUUCGUGCACCACCGCUAAUCCGCCGUCGGUACACCUAUUGGUCGGGACUCGGGGUCCGAUCCCGUCCACACCCGCGCAUCCACAGCGUCGCGGUUAUUUCCAUCGGCGUCCUCCGCGUCAUCAUUAAUCGUUUUAUUUUUUUUUUUUUUUUUUUUUUUUUUUUUUUAUAUGAAUAAAAUAUUUUAUUAUUAUUCCGUUGCGUGGUAUUUCGAUAUUAAUAGAUUUCCGAGUCGGACGAUCACCAGGUCUUGUUGACAAACCUGCCGCGCGACAUGUCCGGCCACUACAAAUGCGAAGUGUCCGCAGACGGUCCGCUAUUUCACACACAAAUCAAAGAGUCGUUCAUUACCAUAAUCGGUAAGUGUGGUAUAAUUUUACGGCCAACCGUAGGUAAUUGACUGUGUUUGACCAUGUUGAUGAUUUUCUUACGUGUCCCCGCAGAAGAACCACCAUCACAACCGCUAAUGUUCGCCGGGAAGCUCAAGUACAGCAAAGACGAACCUGUCAGGAUUAACUGCACAUCGUACUCGGCGUCUCCAGCCACCAAUCUCACGUGGUUCAUAAACAACAAAAAGGUAAGGGCGUUCAAUCAAUAUAGUAUCGGAUGUAAAGAAUAAGAUCUACAGACUCAAUGAAAACAUUCCCCCUUUAAAGUUUGCAUUCACAAUAACAGCGUACAUUUUGUACAAAUCUUUCACCCGACCUUUAGACGAUUUUCCACAAUAUCAAAUUACAGCGAUUUAUAACUGUGAAAUGUUUACGCCUUCUUAUCUUUUGGUCUUAAGAGAAGGACGCCACACCUGCAUUUACUGUUUUCGUCUUAUAAACGCGUGACAUAGCAAAUUUGCCUUAGGUAGAACAAGUUUUGUGCCGUUAGUUUUACUAUUAAAGCAAAUUGCCUCAUUACAAAACUUAAAGGUUAGAAGAUUAUAUGUGCUCCAGCGUUGAUGUUUUUCCGAUAUUUAUAUUUUUAAGCGAGAUAUAACUAUUUGUAAUAUCAAAAUUUGAUUAGUGAAAUUUGAAAAAAAAAAAAAUUUUUCAAAUAUUUAAUUCAAAAAUUAAUCAAAACGUUUUAUAAAUGUUAUACAAGUAUUUAAAUACUUUACACGACCUUAUAAUUUUAAUUUAAAUGUACCUAUACAUAUACAGUUCGUCACGGAAUCUAAUAUUACUGAACACGAGAGGCUUUAUAACUUACAAUUUUAUCGUGAACCGAGAAUCUAGCGAUUCAACGAUACCUGAAUAAUAUAAUCAAACAACUAGCAUAGAAUAUGGGACAAGAGAUUAAUUUUAUUGUUGAAAUAAAACAUAAUAGGUUGGUGACCUAAGUGUUGGGAUAUCGAGAAUCGUACAAAUAACAUUUUAUUGAUUGAGAUAGUCAAAUAUUUAUUAAAACUAUUCCAGUAGAUAAAAUAAAAGGUCCAUUUAAAUUAUUAUUUACCUACCUAAUUCAGGAUUUAAAUUUUAUGUACACGUGAUAAAUAGUAUUUUAACCAGGAAGGAGGGCAGUAGGAAUUUUGGAACUGGGCAUCCUAAUUAUUUGCGUCAUUUAGUUUUAAAUUGUACGUAUAUUUACAUAUAGAGGUGGGGGCACUAGAGGACAUCUCUCUUUCUCCCCCAUAUAAAAAGCCGAUUUACUACAAUAAAAAAUGUCAUGCAAAUUCCGAGACUGGGCACACAAACGCAUAAUAAUUAUAUACUAAAUAUCGGGGUGAAAAAAAAUUACAAUUUUGAAACCGUAGAGGAGACUAGAUAAACACACGUCGUUUUUUGACAUGCUUUACUCUCGAUCAAGAAGGUGUUAUCUACAAAGCAAAUCAAUAAGUGACCAUCCCAAUACACUCAUUUGACGAAAUUCGCUAUAAACAAAAAAAAAAUCUGUCUUGUCGGUUUUUGAUUGGCGCAAGAUUUAGAUAGAAAGAUAGAAGAGUUAACACAGACAGAAAACAUGUACCUGCACCAUAUACACCAUGCACACGAAAAUAACAUAACAAUGAAAUUACUUUAAUAAAACUAUUUGAAAAAAAAAAAAAACAACUGUUACCAGAGUGGUCAUAUUUCCCUUUUAUCGUCGCUGGCUACGCCCCUGCAGGGUCCGCACGAUAAUCUUUAGGAAUGUUUUUCUUAUUAUGUAUAGGGUUACACGAUUUGUAGUCGGUAAAUGAUUUUGUAUCCAUAUAUUGUUUUUGUUUUUCGAAAAUUCAAAUCGCCUAUACACUUCAAGCCCCUAUAUAAAUUCGGUGAUUCCAGUUGCAUAGCCUGCAGGAUCGUCGGGGGGUCGGGAAUUCCUUAAAAACGGAUUUUCCACGGAUCGUGCAGGUUAUCGUCACUAUACAUCAACCGUCACGACCGCCGGAAUAGUCGGGUAAUAUUUUACAACUAUUGUUAUAAUAAUAUUAUACGGUACCCACUACCUCGUACACCGUCAUCACGCCCACCCACUAGCCAUUUAUCCGCAUACCUUGUCAUCGACACGACCGCGUAAAUAAUAAUAAUAAUAAUAAUAAUAAUAAUAGUGUGCUUUGCCGCGAUACAUUAAAAGACAGCCGAGUUCCAAACAAUUGACUCCUCAACAAUGACUUUACUAUAUAGUGGUAAUCUAUACUUACAGUACACUUUAUUAAUAUAAAUGCGUGUUUUUCUUAUGAAAGAAUCAUACACAUUUUUUUGUUAUUAUUAUUAUUAUUUUAUUUUUUUAACUGCCUUCGGGAUAUUUAACCGGGCGUUCUGGGGGUGUGUGCACGAGUAUUAUACAUAUAUAUAUAUAUAUAUAUAUAUAUAUAUAUAUAGUUAUAGUGGGUCACAAUUGAAAAAAGUCAUUACACCAAAAAAAGAAAAAGCUUGUUCAAUGCUCGACUACCCGAAAACCAUUGUAAAACAUUUCGGAAUAAAUUACCCAUAACCUCCGCGCGUAUGUAUGUAUAGGAACAUAAUAGUAUUUGUUUUUUUUUUUUUUUAGAAGGCACAUAAAAAUAUUCCCGAAUAAUAAUAACAAUAUAAUAGGGGUUUUAAAUAUUAUAAUAUUUCUGUGUGAAAAACUCGUUUAGAUUUUUAUUACCGUAUACAUACACGUAGUAAGUCUUAUACUAUUAGUACAGCUAUACAGUGUGUUCGCGUAUCCGGGAACCACUGAAUAUUUUGUCCGGACGACCGUUUGAAGUAUUUUUUCCGGAAAAAUAAUAGGUGGUCGCAAAAUACACAUUUGAAGAUAAAUUUCAAAUUUUUAACCUCUUUGAUGCCCAAUAUAAAUUUUUUUUUUUUUGAAUACCAACACCUUUAUUUGACAAUAGUUUCAAAUAUUAAUAUUUUUUUUCAAGUAACUGAUCGAUUAAUUUUUUUUAUCUCAAAAAUUACUUGAGAUACAGUCAUCAAAUGUUGGUUGAAGAUAAUUAAUUUGUGUCAAUGUUUAAAUAAAUUUAAAUACUGACUUUAAAAAGCAGAAAUUCAACUUCUGUUUCGUGAGGACAAAAAUUAUUUGUACAAAUGGUCAGCAAAUAACACAUUCAUGUAAUAACAUAAGUUUUAUUUUUUUUUUUUGAAAAAUCGAUAAAAAAAAAAAUAUAUUAUAUUAUCAGAGGUAUAACCUCAGAUAAUUUUUGAGGUAAAAAAAAAUUGUAUUAAUCAAAGUUCCUUGAAUCAAAUUGGACUAUUCGAAUUUAAUGUCGAGAACACGUUUUGCUAUUCAAAAAAAGUAAUUUUUAAUGUGCAUACACGCACGCCGAAAGGAUAAGUAAUUGAAACCCAAGGUCGUCCAGCCAAAAUAUUCAGAGUUACCUGGAAACGUGAACACACUGUAUAGAAUAUAUGGAUACGAGGGCGUUUAUUAUUAUUUUUUUUUUUUUACGAUGUCAACGAAUCGCUAAUGCGCAUAAUUAUUUUCCAGAGAGCGUUUUACGCCAACUAAUUGUUUUAUUAUAACGGACUUAUUAUAAUGUGAUAAUAAUUUUACUAUAAGCACAUAUAACGUGUUUUUGUUGUAUAAACUCAAUUUGUACGUAUAAUAUUAUCACUGAUAAAGAAGAUUGCAAGAUUGUAUACGUACCUACGUACGUGUGCUUACGCCGACUGCAUACAUAGUAACUUUAUCGCUUGUAAAAACUUUCCGAACUCGUGUAUAUUAUUUUAACUAGGUAAAAAUUUAGCGAACGUAACGUGCGUGGAUUUCGUUUAUAUUGAAAAAACUCUGUAGGUGUACGUAUAAAGCUGUACUGAGGUGUAUAGUUAAUAGAAGAACUGCAAAUCGAAUAACAUGCACUUGAACUUAAUGCGAUUAUAUUAUUAUUAUUAUUGCUAUUUGCACAAAACACAUAUGUACGGCAGUGUGCAUAAAUAGGUAUUUUAAAGUGAAAUAUACUAAGGGAUGUCCAUAAAAAUGUACAGAAUGGGUUUUGUUUUUUCCGGCAAUUGUUAUUGAGCGUGGUGUGAAAUCGAUUUUGGUUUGUUUUUGUUCAGUCAUUGCGGUGGAAUUGCUGUUACGAUAUUGUUUUCUAAAUGUCAUCAAUAAUAUUCUGUACACGCCAUAAACACAUUAUUCUAUUGUCGAUUUUUAAUUUUCCAAGUAUAGAAAUAUAGUAAUUGACCCCCUCACUUUUUUUCAAUAUAUUUAUUUCCGAAUAAUUUUUAUAUUCAUAACACCAAUGUCGGACAGUGAAUUAUACAAUUUUAGCAUCCAAACCGCGGUUGUGGUUCGAAAGAGAAUCGUCUAAAAAUGGAUAUGAAAUUUAUUAAUCUUCUCUUGGCAAAAUAUUUUAAACUGUAAAACUCGUUUGAUAUAGGCAUAAGAAAUUGGGGGGGAGGGAAUGGAAAGUAUUUUUAAAUUAAGCUUAAACAAUUUGGUUAUGAAAAAUAAUAGUAAAUAUUUGCAGUCGUCUAUAAUAAAAAAUGUAUUUUUAACUUUUAACAUUUUAUAAUAUAUAAAUAAUCGCAUAAAUAUUUUGUAAGUUGGCUUUAAAAGCAUGUAUAUAAAAUUGAUGUAUCCGUUAUUUAAACCUAAUCUAACCAAUGCAAUUUGUUUGCUAUUAUCGUACAAUUUAUUGAACCGUUAGAGAAUUUUGAGAAUAAACCCCGUCCAAGAACAAUUCCACCUUUAAAACCGUGUUAAAUUUCCGUUUCUCCGAAAUAUUUAUGAGAGCGUCAUAUCCGCGCAUGCAGUUGUCAAACGUACAACAGCAAAUUUUGCGUUCAGCAGAGAUAUCAUUGCGCUAUUAGUUUUAAUAUCAAAUCAAAUUGGCCAAUUUUUAAAGAUAUGAGCAUUGACUGUGCAACUACCGUAACAAUUUGUUUGAUAUUUUAAUUUGUAAGAGAGAUUUUGUAAAAUAUAUUACACUUUAAAAAUAAUCGUGUCUCGUUUGAAAAUAAAAGUAAAAAUAUCGCCAACGUUGCACAGAUCAUGUCCUUAACUUUAAGUUUGAUGAUAAGUCAAUUCGGUCUAAUAUUAAAACUGGUAGUACAUAGUUUGUUUCUGAUGAACUUACAUUUUCUAUUGUUUACUAUUACCAUUGUGUCGUACAUCCCUUUUACAAGGAUAUCGCUCAAACAUAAAAUGGAGUAACCGAAACACCACGAACUAACCGGUUUCAGUUUGGUACAGUUUGGAGUCGAUUGGACUAUUUAAUUAUUUAGAUUUUAUUCUCAGCGACCAUAAAUUAAUCGAUUACAGAUCGGACUCGGAAUAAAAGAAGAAGUAUUGUGGCUACUCAAAAGCAAAACGAUAGUAUACACUAUAACGUAUACGACACAAAAUAUAAAAAUAAAUACAAAAGUCAUUGAAUGAACUAUAUUAAAUCUAAACAAAGUAGUCCGGCGGCGUCGCCGCACGGACUCUUUUCUUUAUUCUCUCUUACUAGUACUCCUUUAAACCGUGCAAUAUUAACAAUUUACCCUACUUCCUAAAUACUACCUAGACACUAUUUAUUAUUACAGUUUCCUAUUGCUGACGAACAGUAUUAACAUUGCACAAUGUGUGAUUGACACUCUGUAUAUACAUACAAAAAUUGUAAGAUUGUAUUAUGUUCGCUCUAACCGAAAACUAAAAAAAAAAUCGCGUUCAACAAGAAAAAAAACCCGGUCGUAUUGUAAAACAAAAUAUAUUAAUACGAUUGUAAUUUGUUUUCGCUACUCAAAUCUAAAACAUCUUAAUGUUUAUUGAUUUAUUGAUUUUCGUAACUAUAUUAGUACUGUAAUAAGUUAGUUUAUCAAUAUUAUACGCAUCCCCAAUUGGUGCAAUUUUCGUUAAAUAAUAUUUCGAAAACUUAUUCCAACUUGAAAUUAUGUUCAAAGUGAAAACUCCGUUAAUAAUAUUAUUUCCAAACGUAAUUAUAAUAUCGGAAUGUCGUGAUACCAUAAAAUAAUAAUAUUUUAUAUCGAUUCGCGUGAGUGGAUACAUACUUGAAGUUUUAACGAUGUUUCCGAAUAAUUCGAAAAUCAAACACAAAAUCCAGUUGUAUAACAAGUGUAUAAAUCCUUUACGUGUCGUAUUGUCGUAAAGUAAAUUAACUAAUGUAACGUAAAGUAACAAUAAUAAUGUUUAUUUGAUCGGGUAUAAUUAUACUGUUAUUGGUUUCCGGAUUUUUUCGUCGCUUAAAUUAAUAUGACAUGCUUACGUACUUCCGUUGCUAUUUUAUGCAAACUAAUACGAGCAUUUUUCCAAGUUAAACAAAAUUUUUCAUUUCCGUCCGGUACUUCUACGGAUUUAUUCGAGAUUUGCUUGGCGUGUUGUUCCAUUAUUUUCCAAUAGACAUCAUCUAACGUUGAUUUCAUCGGUAUACUACUUUUACAUCCCUGAUUCUUUACGCCGAUGAUAAUUAACAAUUAUUGCCUCGUUCUCUAGUUUUAUUAUACCCAACGAAUAUCUCUUUGGCAAUAAUAAUAAUAAUAAUAACACAAUACUCACUAUAAAUUACUCGACGUUCCACAACAUAAUAUUAUAGUGCAGUAUACCUUCAACCGAUACUCUUCGUCUGAAGCAGUUUAAGUUAUUCUCCCGCAGUGUCCGCUUCCUCGUACAAGAGUCGUAGGCCUUUUCGUAAAAGUUUUCCACACAUAGUAAAUUAUGUCCAAAUGCGCGUUUCCCAAAAACUUUUGAACUGCGCUUUCGGAUUUUUCCUUUAUUGGAGAAGUUGUUUUCUAAAUAAUUUUAAUAUAUUUCUUAACAUUAUAUUUUUUUCGCGAAAUUGCAAAAAACUUAACUAAUAAAAUUAUACUACACUUGUAUACGGUAUUUUGUUUUCGAUAGUUUUUUUUAUCCCCGAAUUCUAUGGUUGGCCGCAUUCCAUGCGUACGCAAUCAUAGCGCAGUGUUUCUGAUUUGUAGAAUAUUUCAAUCUAAAUUUGUUUUUUUUAUUUUUGGAACUUCACAACGAUAAACCAUUUUUAGCUUUUCGAUAAAGAAACACGGUAUGUUAUUUUUAUGUCAUGUUAGCGAAUUAUACCGCGGACGGGUUUAAUGUAUUUUUCGUUUUGUGUUUUUGACCUAAACUAACCUCGGCUUAGUUGAGUCGUACUAACAGCUAAGUAUCCGAUAAUUUGUGGCAAAAUUAUUGAAAACUCCGUGUUUUGUCUACAGGUGAACAACUCCACGAAAUACGUUAAGACGACGUCGUGGGUCCUGAACGAAACGGAAGGUCUACAGACCAGUAAAUCACGGUUGGAAUUGGAGGCCCGUCCAAUUUUCUUCCCGAGCGGCCGGAUGACCGUGCGCUGCGAAUCCAAUCAGUUUCAGUUGUAUACAAAAUACUCAUCCAUCGAGCUAACCGACGAUUCACCGAGGCUGGCUCAGAUGGUCAGCCCCACCGUACACGGUACAGGUAAGUGACGUAAAUAAAUAUAAUAUUUAGGACAGGAUACACUUUUCUCUUUUCGGCCACUUCUGCCGUGUAUUUGGUCAAAAUAAUGAUAUAGAAGAGAUUUUGUACAGUUUUUUUGAACAAUUCCUAUUAAAAAUUAAUGUUUUCCUAUUCACCAUUGUUUAUUUCCAUAAGUAAUGAAUGCGUUCGUAGUCAUUAACAUUUGCAAUACAUUUCAAGUGCAAAGAGUAUGGCCUUAGGUUAACUCUAUAAAUUUACGUUGUACAGUCACUAAACAUUGAUGCUGGUCAAAUAAUUUUGUUACAGACUAUUUGAAACGAUUUUCUUUAUAAUUCUAGUAUUAAAACAGAAACCAAAUUUUGUAUUUCAUCAGCCACCAUAUUCCGACGAAAAUUUAAUAAAUUUGCAUUCACUAGUUCUUAAAAAUAAAACAAAUUAAUUCAGCUAAAUGAAAUUCAAUUUAAUGAAUGAAUUCUAAAACCAUUCUUUCCAAACACUGAUUUUUGGGAAACGCUCAAAAAGUCGUAUUGAUACACUUCGAAAAAUGAACCCACCAAGAAAAAAAUUAUUACUCUAUUUAAAAUAAUCUUAUUCCGACCGAAAAAGGAAAGUGGAUGCAUUUUCGCCUAUAGCCUAAAUUUGAAGGCACCAAAAGUGAAUUCCCCUUUGCGUGUACCUACCUAUAUUAUAACGUUUCCAGGAGGACACCAUGCAAACUCAGCCGACCGUUUCGUUACCAUUGCCGGAGGUGCGUUUUCAUUGGUCGCCCUUACAGCCGUGACCAAUCGGAUUGCGUCAACUUUCUCUAGAUAGCUUUACGUGGUUCUCAUAUCACGCAAUAGACGCAGACCCUAUUCAAAUAUACAUUAUGUCAUGAAUAAUUUUUUUUUGUUUUAUAAGUACAUUUUACAUUUUAAAUAAACUAUUGUAACGAGUAUAUCUCUAAUAUUAAACUAUUAUUACGUGCCGAAACGAUCGGAUCUUGUUAUUACAAUAAUAAUACGAUAAAUAUAAUAUUACACCCGUUUAUAACAAAAAUAAGGAUCUAGGGCUCGCGACCUUUGUCAUUUUCAGGUUGGCGCCCAAAAAUAUUUUUAUUUUUUUUUUUAAAUCCGAUUUACCAGUUGUUUUUUAUUAUUAUUACUUAUUAUUAUUUUUUACCAACCAGCGAAAUCGGCGAAAAUGUCUCGUCGGACGAUUCGCGAGCUCUGUUUCCGUCCUGAUAACAAGUAUAAGUAUUAUAUAAUAUUAUAUGCUACCCAAAAACAUAACGAUAAUCGAUUAUAUUAUAUAAAAUAUUAUUUUAUUGUGUAUGUGUACUAGAAUUUUAUUAUUAUUUUUAUUAUUAUUAUUAUUAUAUGUUACGGUUCUGUCGUCCGAAACGGUGUAAGUACAACCGAUUGUUAUGUAUUAACGACGAUGACGUCUGUGUUUGUUUACCUUAAAUUUUGUUUAAGAUUAUUGUUUUUGUUUUUUUUUUUCGCUGAAAUAAAUACCAAGUAAUUGAUGUUUUUAAUAAACACCGGUUUCGUUUUCGCCUUCUUGGACAGUGAUUACAACGUAAAAAAUAAUUAUAUAUUAUUAUUAUCACAGCGAAAUAAAAUGCCAACUGUUUAAAUUUGAA